GCUGUGUGGAAGUGGCCGGGGCUGUGGGAGUUAGAGUCGGUCCUCGGGCCUGAGCCUCGAGGCCGCGCUCCCGGGUGUCGUUGAUGUUUGGGGCCGACGGGCGCCCAGCGAUCGGAGCCGCCGCCGCCGCCCGGAAGAGCUGGCAUUUCAGUCGAACAAUGGAAGAGCUUGUUCACGAUCUUGUCUCUGCACUGGAAGAGAGCUCUGAGCAAGCCCGAGGUGGUUUUGCUGAAACGGGAGAUCAUUCUCGAAAUCUGUCUUGCCCCCUGAAGCGCCAGGCCAGGAAGAGGAGAGGGAGGAAGCGGAGAUCCUACAAUGUUCACCACCCCUGGGAGACUGGCCACUGCUUAAGCGAAGGCUCGGAUUCUAGUUUAGAGGAACCAAGUAAGGACUACAGAGAGAAGCACAGCAACAACAAAAAGGACCGCAGUGACUCCGAUGACCAGAUGUUAGUGGCGAAGCGGAGGCCGUCCUCCACCUUAAACAACAGUGUUCGAGGUAAGCGACUUCUGUGGCAUGAGUCUGACUUCGCGGUGGACAACCUUGGGAACAGAACUCUCCGCCGGAGGAGGAAGGUGAAGCGCAUGGCGGUGGAUCUCCCGCAGGACAUCUCCACCAAAAGGACGAUGACCCAGCCGCCUGAUGGCUGUAGAGACCAGGACAUGGACAGCGAUGGAGCCAGCCAGUAUCCCGAGUUUAUCCGCAGUAAAGUCAAAAAGCGGAGGCUGAAGGUGAUCAGACCGAAAGCCCCGGAGGAAGGAGCGGUGUUGGAGAGUGAAGAAGUAAGCCAGGCCGACAAGGACAAGAUGGAGUAUGUGGAACCGAAAGCCUCAGAUGAGCUCAGGAGUGAAAGUGACUCCAGCAGCCUCAGCAGCACUGAUGCCGGCCUGUUCACCAACGAUGAGGGAAGACAAGGUGACGAUGAGCAGAGCGACUGGUUCUAUGAGAAGGAGUCGGGCGGAGCCUGUGGAAUUGCUGGAGUCGCGCCCUGGUGGGAAGAGGAAGGCCCCGUAGAGCUGGACACCAACCUCCCCGACCCCGUGUUUGAGAGCAUCUUAAGUGGCUCCUUCCCUCUCAUGUCACAUCCUGGCAGAAGAGGUUUCCAAGCUAGACUCAGUUGCCUUCAUGGAGUGCCUUCAAAGAAUAUUAAGAAAUCUGCAGGGGCUCCACCUUCAAUGGCUACAAACUGGACCAGUGUGAUUCCCCUAUAAGUCAGAUCUUCUAAUGCUAAUAAAUUAAUUUGUUUGAACACCUGGGGAAUGGCAUUGGAGGGAACCUGGCUCCUGUCCUCUUCCCUGGAGGGACGCACUGACUCGCCGACCUCUGAUGCAGACCUGGGGCUGUUUUUGCUGCAGGAUUGGUGUUCUUUUAGCCAGAAGUGAAUCUGAUGGGGAGGCUUCCCUGGGAUGUAGGUCGGCCCAGUGUGUAUUUUUAUGUAUUUUUCUUUUAUGUUUUUAAACAUUGGAUCUUUUUAUGUAUUGCUUGCUUUGCCAAAUGGUAACUAAAGAUAGAAAAUUGAAAACUACACUUAACCCAAGUAUUCUAAUAUUUCUAUGACUGGUUAAGAUUCAGUCUUGAUCUCUGACUGUUGUAAAUAAGAAAUGAUGCUAGCCGUUCAUGGUUCAUUGUAACAGGCGUCUCCUGUAGCAGCGUGAUUUAAACUAGUGCUGUGAAUAAUCGGGAGGUUGAUAAUCUCUGCUGAAGUUUGUUUUAUUCAGCUUUCUUCAUCCUUGGAUCAUUGUUCUGUAUUAGUCCUGUUACUGUAGUUUUUACUGCACUGCAAAAGCCCUGCCUCUCACGCAGCACAGUGAGGACAAACUGGUCAGCAUCAGGGCAUCACCUGCUCCUACAUUUCCAGUGGUUGUGUCAGCCUUGAACUAGUCUAGCUGCCUCGCUGGCUCCGAGCUGACGAGAUGACCGAGCCGGCUGUUUCAACAGUGCUGCAGGACCCAGUGUCCCCAUCGUGUCUAAAGUGAGAGUCACCCUUAGGAUGGCAGCGCGUGUGUGCCAUCGAGUUUUAGAAAUACUUGCGUAAGCUCAUUUUCACCAGUCAGCAGGGAAAUCAAACGUUUUCACUGGUGAUAAUCCUUACAUUUUAGUAGUUCAAGCCAUUUGAGUUUUUAAGAUGGUUAUUUUAAAAUGAUUACUAUUUUUCUAAAAUUCCCAUAACUGAUGGUCUUUGUGAUUGGAUGUUUUCAUGCUGUAUAAUUUGAUUGUCAGGUCAGCAUUUAAUGGCUACAUUAAAUAUGAUUGGGAAGGAAAUGUAAAGUUGACAUUGCUUUUACCUCAGAUUAUAUGUCCUGAAAGAUUUAAAAAUCAAGUAGAAAUAUCUGACGUCUUUGGAGAGACUAAAGGCGACACGGUGAAAUAGAGCCUCCUGACUUCCCCAUGUUUAAAGGUGCAGAGGUGUGCUUAGUGAUCACAGUAGGGAUUUUUAUAGUGUGUCUCAGAGCAACAGUUCAUGUAUUUUCUGAAUUAGAGUGCUUUUGUUUUUUCUGGUCACCGUCCCUUAGAUCUGAAUAAGUCACUGAAACAGCCCAGCCUAUGAACUUUGCCUCACCAAUCAUGAAUCCAGAUGAGUGCUAUCUAAUUCUUGGCUUAGUUUUACCUAUUUUAUUUUUGGUCCACUGCUUGCUUGAGCAUAGCUGGGAUUUGUAGCCCAUUUUCUCCGCUUAUUGCAGCCUCACUGUGGUAUUUUAUAGAAGCUAUUACACUGAUAGGCUAGCUUCAUAGUGUUGAUGAUACAUGGCUUCACCAUACCAAAAGCUGCCUUCCCCGUCUAUAUUGUAAAGAGGUGAUUAGGUCUCCCUUCACGGAGAUACUCUCCGCACGGUUUACAUGGAAUGAGUGCGUUAGGUCAUGACGUGGUUUCCUGGUCAGAUUUUUACUGCAAACAGGACUCCUGAAGUCCUUCUUUCUCACAACCCUGAAUGGUCCUUGUUUAGAUUUUUUACAUACUGUAAUUUUUUUCUCCAAUAAAAUCUCUGACUUGGGUAAUAAAGGUAAGAUUUCCAAUUUGUGCUGAUGUCUUUGAAAACCCUCUAUAUAGUUUUGCUCACCGUAUACAUAGCAUUAGCCUGCUAAGGCAGUCAUCAUUAAGGGGUAUCUGAUAUUUCUUAUAAUAAGAAAAUAAAUUCAUUUAGCAUAGAUUCACACAGGGAAAAACAAAGUGUGUUUGAGAGAUUCAUUUCAUGGGCAGAUUUCAUCCCGUGAAGCUCCAACCCAUUAACGAGGAUGGCAGCAAAGAGUGGGAAGCGAUGGUGGAGGAAAUGACAGGGGAAGCUAAUUGAGAUGUGGCUGUUCUCAGGUGACUGACCCUACUCCACACAGGCUUGUACGACACUGAAGGCUUGGUACCCACGUAGGGAGCAGGAAACCAUUGCGCCUUGAGCACAGUCAGGCUUAGGUGCCUGGAGGUCUGGGGUCCCCAUCGUCUUAUCAGCCCCUGCUCAUGCUGUUAUAUGUGAACUGUGUUAAAGGUACUAUGUAUUGUUGAUUGGUGAAUGUGGAACUUAUGGACGAUAAUACCAGAAAGGCUCAAGAAAGACGCUCUAACAAGUAUUUUGUCCAUAAGGCUCACAGUGACCUUCUCAUGCUUAGUAACAUUGGCGGACUCCACCAGAUAAAGCACAGAAGUGUCAGUCACCGAGGGACAGUAAGGAGGCAGUGUGUGUUCUGUCACUUUGUGAGGUAGCUCGGUUUCCACUGCUGUGCACGUACCCAAGAAAUCUGCAGAAGCAUGGCCUUUCAGCCUGCAAAUAAAUUUUAGCUGGUAGAUAAGUUUUCAGGUUCAGAAUCUGCAAGGAGGAACAAAAAUUGAGUAUAGUUUUUGUAGAAAACAGUGGAAUUGUAGAACAGUGGUUCUCAACCCGUGGGUCAUGAUAUCCACAGGGGUUAGAUAUCAGCUAUCCUGACUAUCAGAUAAUUACACUGUGAUUCACAACUAUAACAGAAGUAGCUAUGAAGUAGCAACAAAAUAAUUUUAUGGUUGGGGGUCACCACAACAUGAAGAACUGUAUUAAAGGGUUACAGUCGUAGGAGACGGAGAGCCACUGUUGUGGAGCGGUAACAGGUGGGGAACUCAUGUACUCGGGAAUUCUCCCUGGCUUAGUAUUACUUGAAUAUACACCGUAACCCUCAGUGUCUUUUUACUUUAUAGAGGUGUUGCCAGCCUUAAAUGGGGUGCAGUACACUGCAGUAGGCUCAGGCCAUCUCUGGCACGUAGUGGAUGAGCAAGAAUUGGUGUCAUUGCUGAUAGUGAGCAUAGCUGGUACUGUAACUUCCAGUGUCAUGAGUCCAGGUGCAGGUCUCACCUCAACUCUUCCAUCCACACUUUAUAGUAAUGUGCAUUACCUCAGCAGAGUGCUUUAUUUGUAGACCUUUGGGUUACUUUCAUAUCUUCUGUCUUUAAUAUAGUCUGAGGAAUCAUUCUGACUAAGUAAGUCUCAAAACUGAACUGCAAGCUGCAAAGCCUGUCCCUUCACGCUCCUCCGUCCCCAGGUCCCCGGUCAUCUCAGUACUCUUUCACACUGCUCAAGAGGUUUGAAUCCAGAUUCAGUCCUUAAAUAAUUGUGCCCAAGUAUAUGUGAGGUUCUAUGUCCUGUUUACUGUUGGGAAGAACCACUUGGCUGGACAUGGUAGUGUGUACUAGUAAUACCAGCACUUGGGAGAAAGAGACCAGAGACGUGGUAACAGCGAACUUGAGGUCAGCCUGUACUGUAUGAGACCCUGUCUCAAAAAAUACAAAAAGAAGUCACUAAUGUUUUCUGGUUAGAAACUCCAGUUUAUUGGAGCCCUGCUAGCCAGCCUUUUACUACGAAAGUUUAAGGGAAUUGUCACUUCUAUGGAAUGUGCUAGGGUAGUAUCUUGGUUAAGGUUUUACUGCUGUGAAGGGGCUGGCUUACUGGUUCAGAGGAUCAGUCCAUUAUGAUCAAGGUGGAAACAUGGCAGUGCCCGUGCAGGCAUGGGGCUGGAGGAGCUGAGUUCUACAUCUUCAUCCAAAGGCAAACAGGAAAACACCGGCUUCUAGGCAGCUAGUAUGAGUGUCUUAAGACCCACGCCCACAGUGACACACCUACUCCAACUAGGCCAUCCCUUCUAAUAGGCCACUCCUUGGACCAAGCAUAUGCAAACCACCACAGAUAGUCAUCCAGAAGCUGUGCCUGCAACCUUGACAUUUCUAGACUUUAAUUGUUGAGUACUGUUCAGAAUGGUAACAUGGCAGGCUUCUGGCCUCUAGCUCACGGAGACCUCCCUUGUGGCGUGAUUCAGUGACUUACCAAAGGGUAGCUGUCCAUUCACCCACAAUACGAUGCUCUUUGGUUUUUUGUUUUGUUUUUGUUGGAUUUUUAGCAGUCUCACUGUGGCCCUGGAUGCAUGGAGCUCACUGUGUAGUCCAGACUGCCUUUGAACCCACAGAAAUCUGCCUGCCUCUUCCCAGUGCGGGAGGUAAAGGUGUGUACCACCAUGCCUGUCAGCAUAUCCCACUCCUAAGAAUCCCAGGUAGUUCGUGGUUUUCGAGUUUUUAUUUUGUUUUAAACUAAUGAUUCAUCUACAGGUUUAAUAUCCACUGAUGUUAUUCAAAUUAUAAUGACUGCUGAAAGAUUGGGAGGGAAAGACCCGUCUUAAAUCACAGCGUCUGUUGUGUAAGACAGUGUGGUAAAAUAAAGGGCUUUGUUUAAAAUGUUUGCAGUGGCCUAGUGGCCUGAAGAGCAGUUUUGUGUGAUUAUAAAACCAUGGAAGAUGUUUGGUUUUUUGUUUUUUUUUUUUUGUUUUUUUUUUUAGUUGAAUGUGCUGGAGUUGAUUUCUUAUGUCUGAGUUUUCAGGUAUGUAAUCAAAGCCUGAAUGUUAACCCUUUCUAUAAACUCUCCUGCCACUGUUCACACAUACCUUGUGUCAUUCAGGACAAAGGACCUUUAGGGCAGGCAGUUCCUGCUGUGACCGACCAGGAACAAUGUUGUAGGUGCUUCCUUUGUGGAGUUCUGCUGACAGGCUUACUGUGUGUGCCCUGCUCAGUGUGAUGUCGUUCAUGAGAUUCUAUCGUAGGACUAUGUAGGCCCUCCUCUGUAGCCUUUCACUGACAGGGCUCAUUUAAAAUGGAGUUGGUUUGAAUAAAGGAUUUAACCUAUUUUUUUUAGACUAGUCAAAGAGAAAAGAGUUUAUGACAGAAAAUAAAUCUAAAAUAAUGUAGAAUAACACACAGCCUGUAUUGCAACAUAUUUUGAUUAUAAGGUGAGUAUUAUUUAAGCUUAGCAGCUGAAUUCUCUAUUAUCUUUUGUGGAGAUCUGUAUUGCUAGAGCACUUUUGGAGACUGAGAAUGUGUUUAGACAGUUGGACAAUGCAUGUUAUAUAUCAAUUCGAUGUUCUUUUCAUAUCAGCUUGAGAUUUAGAUUUCACGCUAUUUUAAUCUUAGAAUUUUUGAGAUAAAAUUGGUUUUUGUAUUAUAGAAAAAUACAAAUUAAUAAAAUGUUAAUAUUUAUCAUGAGAAAUCUAGCAUUAUCUGUUUGCUUUAAAUUUUUUACUUUCAUGUUACUUUAUAAUUUAUACUGUGAAAUUUUAAUGACCAUACUUGAUAAUUGAAAAUGUAAAUCCCAUAACAUCUCACUUAAAUAGGAUCAGUAUUAAUACAGCUAUUCCUGGAUUGUAUUUUAAGGUGGAUUUGUAGAGUUAUUUAGUGGUGCACUGCAGCUUACCCAUUUACUCACUCGGUUACACUGGGAUACUCAUAUUCACCGUGUGCUCAAAGCUCCUUAAGGAACAUAUGCAAACAAUCAACCAUGAAUCUUAAUGGGACGAAAUGUGACCACUUGCAUUUUUCAGUAGAUUAAGUACUUGUGCUUGCCUUUCUCCUGACUUAGUGUAGAUGUGGCUUCAUAUGUUUGAUUUUGGGUUUGUGAUCGUCAAUAUGGUGUGCCACAUGAAGCACAUAUAACGGUCCUCAGUGUGUGCUGGAUUUUUCUGUGUUUAAGUUAAUACUGUUAACAUUCCGAUAAAGUCACAUCUUAAACUGUUUUUCCUUUGGUAAACCCAAAUUAAUAUGAUUUGGACAUUUCUUCAUAUUGCCGUUGUAUUGCUAAUAAAUAUAAAUUCUCUUCCUAAAGUAGUCCUCAUUUCUGUUUAACAUAUUCAGCUGUGAGUUGUUGCGAUAUCAGUCUUCACUAUGCUGACCUCAGCCACAAUCAAGAAGUACAGUAAUAACCACGUGGCCUCGAGUGGGUUAAUAAUUGGCUCCUGGUUUUUCUUACCAGUCUCUAAUGUCGUACAGUCUAGAGCGUUCUGGCCAGUUUUCCUGCUCUUUGUGUUAAUUCAUUCUCUUCUCCUUCCCUCCAAGGAAGCCUGUUUUCUCUCUUAGUUGCUGCAUCCUUUUACCCUGGAUGAAAUCCAUGCCUUAUGCUUCCUCUCUACUGUGGAGGGCCUUGGUAAGAUUCUGGGACAGUCUCUUCAGGAUGUUGAUACCCGAAGGGUGAGUUAGAGCUCACUAACUCAUGGAGGACAGGAGGUGGCAGGCAUGAGGGUUAGAGCUCACUAACUCAUGGAGGACAGGAGGUGGCAGGCAUGAAGGCAGAGCAGGACCUCGAGUUGACCAGGCCUGGCCUAGAUACCUGAUAGGUAAAUGUGGAGGGUUAGAGCACAGACAGUUGGGAUAAACAUAGCAAUCUCGUGAAGCCAUGUCAUCCUGGUCCUGCUGAUAGUUGUAUAGAAAGCACAUUGGAUAAGUAUAAGCUAAGAUUAUAUCCAAGGUUCGAGUUACAUCCUAUCUCCAUUAGAUGAACCAGAAAAUGGACUGAAGCUUGAUUUACCAUUUGAAUCUUCUAUCUCAAUAUGUGAGUGGCAUUCGCUUACUCAAGCAAGCUUGGUCAGUGCUGCCUGCACUAGGCUGAGCAGUGUUAGGACUGGGUGUGCUCUGGCUUUGCAUCUUACUGCUGUGAAUGACAGUGUGGUCACCUAUAGCUUUUAUUUUAAUGAGUGAAAGUAAUCUUGGAUGGGGAGGAGUAAGUAGAUAAAGUAGCUGGGGGGAUGCGGUGGGGUUGUUGGGACAAAGCAGACACAAUGAGAGGAGGCAGGACAGUUGCGAGACAUGAGGGUUCCUGCAUGACAUUGUAGGCGACAGUGAUUUUUCAGCCUUAGCCGUCUAGUGCCACUCCUCGGGGUACUCUUCACUAACCAUGAAUCUGGGGAAAGACGCAUGUGCGAGCCUUACACCCGUUCAUUCAGCAAGAUGGGUUAGGGUCAAGUAACGGGUAGCUAUUUAGAGGGGACUUAGACCAUCCUGUUUAAUGUUUAAUCAUAGUGAUUAUGCCAAAAGUUAAUGUGUAAUCGCUUGUAUUCUCUUCUGCCCUGUGACUACCCGGAUGCCACACCUUCUACAUUUAAAAAACAAGUUGUAUAACAGAAACACAAAUUCUUCCGUCACUUAGAGAAAUGGCUUCAAACUAUAGACUUGUUUGCUUUUGAAACCUAGCCUUCUGUAGUCCAAGCCGGCUUUGAAUUUGCUGUGGAGCAAGGCUGGUGUCCACCUUUUUCAAAUGCUACAUCACAAGCACACAUUUCCUUACCCUUCUACCGUUGGGCUGGACUCCCUGAUGAAUCCUUAAAACACGGGUUUUAAAAAAGUAGGAGGUGUCUCUAUUUCUGUGGAUAGGGAUUUUUUGUGUGUCCUAGGCUGGCAUUAGCUCUCUGGGUAGCACUGGGCUGUGACCUCCAGUUGAUCUUUUUCCUCUGAAUUCAGAGUGCUAUGGUUAUAGACAUAAUCUCCCAUGUCUGGCUAUGUUUAGGACUUAACAUUUUAGAUUCUAGCUACCUAAAUGUUAUAUUUCUAUGUUGUAUACUAAGAAACCUUUGAAAUAUAUUCUAAAUACUCCUUUUUAUUUUUAAGAAAUUAUGUCUGGGCAUGGUGGUACACAUCUGUAAUCCUAGUGUUCUGGAAGCAGAAGCAGGUGAAUCAUGGGAAGUUCCAGGCCAGCCAGCCCUGUCAACAACAUAGUGAGUGCUGGCCAGCUAGGGCAGCUUAGCAAGUCCCUCUCUCAGACUUACCCCCGUUUUCACUGUGAAGAGAUUCGUUGCUGCUGAUUGGUGAGCACGAUUCCACUUCACCAAUGGACGAUCCCAUUGAAACCUUCCUAUUCAUACCUUCUCCUGGUUGCCCUGUACGGCUGCUGUGACAUUGCUAGAGUCCCCAUUACUUCUGUCCCUUUAAACCAAAAUCAGGGAGGUAGAAAUGCUGCCUACAUUUACUUUUUGCAAGACUUGUUCAUCUCUGGUUUUCUGCUUUUUAUGUUGCUGAUAAAAUUAUUCUGAUGGUCUAUAAAACUCAGUUUUCUAAUUUGCCUUUAGAUAUGUCAGAAACCUACUAUCAGAAAAGUUCAAAAACUCAGUGAUGGGUGGAACAUUUCCAAAUAACAUUUAGUAAGCGUUUUGUACUGAAGUCACCUGUACCCCUCCAACUGAAGGUCAGUUUGCAAAACAGGGUUCAUGAAGAAAUGACUUAGACAGAACGUUUCCCUCGUACUUUUGAGUUAAUGUGUGCCAAUUGGAUAUGUGCUGCCUACUGUUUAAGAAAUGGGGCUCUGAUACCCAGAGGUAGAGCCAAACAGUAUACCUCGGUUUUAAGCCAACAACAUUUAUAUUUCUAUUGUUCAAUACAAUGUUUAAUAAUUGUCAUUACUUAGGGAAUAAACUGAAAGUUGGGUCAACUUUUUUGUUGUUCGGUUAAAGCGUAGCAUUAGGAAAUUGAGAUAGUUUACUAUGAAAGUGUUUGAGAAAAUCAAUAAAUGUAACUCUGAACCUGUCGGGCGUGUUUAUCAGUCAGUUAUAAUACAUUAUAGCAACACUUAAAUAUCAGUUGUAAUACACUAUAGCAACACUUAAACAUAUGGCCCAGAGUUUUAAGGAUUUCAUAUUAGCUUGGAUUUAUAACAUUUAAUCCCAAUAACUAGUCUUUAAAUUCAAAGAUUAAUAGCUUAUUUAGUUUCAUUUCCAAGUGUCUUUGAUAGGCUAAUUCUUUUCUGUUUUUAGUACUGUAGAUUGAACCCAGUUCUCCUACAUGCAUCAUACUCUACCAAUGAGCUACAUUCCUACUUCUGAUUUUUAUUAUUUAUUUGUUUAUUUGACAUAGACUCUCAUUAAGUUAUGUAAUAGAGACUCCCGCUCUCCAAGGGUAUCAUCCUCCUGCUUCAGUCUCCUGAGCAGGUCUGAGGGUAGGCCAGCAACUUUUCUUACUUUUUGAUUCAUAAAAUUAUUUUCCUGUCACACCACUUGUUACAUUAGUCAGUGGGAAACAGUCUGUCUGGUUACCUUCGCCACACAUUCCUUGAUUCAGAUGUAGGCACAAUGGAAGCUUUGAACAUUUUUAGGUUAGGUAUAGUCAAUUAGACAUGUAUCUUAGUCCUCACUUGCUUAGGUUUGAUUAGCAUAAAUUAACUUAAAAAGGGAGGGAGAGAAAGAAGCAGUUACUUAGGGGUGUGGUGGCUGUUGUGGGUAGUGUUGAGCUUGGCCUUGGGUCAUCUUCAUCUUCCCUACUGCACAGCUCUUUUCUCCUCCACCUGACGCCUGUCCCUCCUCUACAGCCCCCUCUCUUACCACCAGGCUGUGUUCUCAUUCUCUUACAUUGCAGACAUUGCUUGCCCUGCCUGGUCUCUUGAUUUUUCUACCUUCUAAUCCUUAUCAUUUUUAGCACCAAGUGAACAUUUGUAAACAUUCUUGACUUCCCAGUUUAAAAAAAAAAAAACUACUUUUGUAAUCAGACUAGAAAUAGAGUUUUUUCUUUCUGUGCUCACUGCCACCUGUGACAGCUAUGUCCCUUCCAUGGUCAUAGUGGCUUUUGAGACCCUGCCUCUGGUCAGGCCUUUCAGCCUUCAACCAUGGCGUUUGUCAUUCACGCUCUUUCUGUCAGUCACACACUCUUUAUCCCUCCUUUAAACUCAGCUCUCCUCUGGGGUGGCAGCGUCUGUCUCUGCCCACCCAUUCAUCCAUCUCUGGGUACCCAGUGGCUCUGAACUCUUUCUCAUCUGCUUGUCCUCAUUCGUUGACUCUCACCAUGACAGUCUGGUUCUCAGGACAGAGUUUAUCCUUUUUUUUCCUCAGUAUUUGUGCUGAUUAACUGUGUCUGUCUCAUUUUAAGGAUAUUUUCUACAACUGUCUAGUUAGCGUGUCAGUGUGGUUGUAGCCUCAUUCCCAAUCUGAGCUCUUGGUGGCUACACUCUGGCCCAGUAUACAUUAUUUCAUAAUAGAAUAGCAGACUCUAUUUGAACCUGUGCUAACAAGUUAAUCAAAUGCCUUGUGACAGAUGCAGAACUUGUUGGCCAUGUGACUGGGAGAUCCUUAGCUGUUUUACCUGUACGGUUUCCCCAUAGGUGAGGGCAGGAAAGAAUGACAGAUGCCAUUACUGCAGGGAGCAUUCAGUGCACAGAUUUCCACUGAAUCUCUGGGACAGUGGUCCAUAGGAACAGCUCCUUUCAAAUUUGGAUUUUCAUGUGAUAAACUUUGAACUUGUGCUGACAUCUAGGGUAACAGUGCUAAUGUGACUGUAUGGGCCAAGGAGUAGGAUCUAGAUGCAGUGUUUUAAAAUCAAUUGUUACAGCGCUGGAGAGAUGACUCAAAGGUUAAGACCAGUCCUAGCACCCAUGGCUCACAACCUUUCACAACUCCUAUCUGAGGGGAUCUGAUGCCCUCUUUGGGGCCCGUGGUCACCAGGCACCUAUGUAGAGCACAGACCUGCAUAGGCAGAACCACCCAGACUUGGGGGACAUCAGACAUCACUCAGGUACCAGUGUAAGUCAUGCUUCACCUCCAGUCCCAGCCCAGCCUUUUCUGGGACCUGAUGCUUCUCUCAGCUUGCUUUUGCACAGAAAGCUGAGCAGUGGGCUCACAGCCUUACAGCCUUUGAUUUUCCACCUUUGAUGCUGUUUUCUUCUCGGAUCUCUUUGUCCUUAUAACCUUUUGGUAGCCUUUCAGUCAGGCUUUGGCAGAAAGCCACACUAAUAUUAGUUGCAUGAUCACUGUGUCAUAUUUACUAUGGAGUUACACCUUAUGUCUUUUUCAUUUUGAUUAUUUUAAAAAGUAACAGAUACAUGGGGUUUGAAAGUCUAGAGGUCAAGGAUGGCAUACGACGCCCUUCCUUCCCUGUGCCGUCCCUUCACACUGGUCUUGCUAGAACACUGUCUGCCACUGUGAGCUUGCACUUUAGACAGAGCGAUCACAAGCCAGACUUAGAUCCUCAUUGCUGCAGCAGCAUAUUUCAAAUUAUUUAGUAAUUUGCUUUCAUAUUGGCUUUUUAAUAUAAAUACUUCAAUAAAAAUCCUUUAUUGCUGUAAUAGUAUCUCACAGUAUUUAGUGUUUUGAUCCUAUUGCCAAAUAGUGCUUUAAUUUCUUUGUGAAUGUCCUUUAUUUACUACAGAGUCUGAGGUAGGUAUUAUUGUGCUUUCCGUGUUAUACCAGGAAACUGGGCACCAAUGGUUUCCCAGGGGCCCAGGACCUGGCUCAGUGAGGAAGACGGUCUGCCUGCCGUGUGCUGUGCAGGCAUGAGGAUUCCAGUGUGCACAGACAAGCUAAGUGUGACCAAACUCUCCUGAGGUGGGUGUGGGAGGAUCACUGGCUUGCUAGUCAGCCUGAACAGCAGGAGGGGCACACAGGAAGGGGCGCCCCAACUAUCAGUUCUCUGAGAGACUGCCUCAAGGGAACAGGGCAGAGACCGCCCCAGGCUUGCAUACAGGUGCACGCAGGAGCACACAUAUUCAUGCAGACUAGAUAACCCAACUUGUUCAGGAUUGUGGCAAAUAGUGGUAGCUUCAGGACUUCACUUCUGUCCUAUGGGACAGCCCUCAGCCAUCAGGCUCCUUAGGCUUCUCGGCAAAGGCAAAAUGCUUACUUUUCCAGUCGAUUUUCCAGUUGAUUUUAUAAAUCUUGGAUGGGCAUGUUAGAUCUCAAGAAGAAUGGAUUCUAACUCUUGUGGUCAGUGUAGUGUAUUAGAGAAAUCAUGAUUUUGUACUUGGCUGCUGAGACUUCGUCUUCUUUUGAAGGUGCAAUGUUUUCAGCAUGGAAAUACACCUGUCCCCUUUCCUCACUGUGAAUACACACAGUCCCCUUUCCUCACUGUGAAUACACACCGGCCCCUUUCCUCACUGUGAAUACACACCGGCCCCUUUCCUCACUGUGAAUACACACCGGCCCCUUUCCUCACUGUGAAUACACACUGGCCCCUUUCCUCACUGUGAAUACACACUGGCCCCUUUCCUCACUCUUUCCUUCCUUUACUCAGGGAGCUUCUUGGUUUAACCUGUUAGGUCAUAAUUUGCAUUUUAAUCCUUUUCAAGUUCUUUAGAAAGGAAGCUAUGAAUACUGUGAAUUUUUCUAAGAGGUUGUUGAAGUAAUCCUGUGCCUUGGAGUAACUAGACGUGCAUUAGUAGUAGCACCCUCACUUUACAGAUGCACAGAUUCUAAGAUGUGAGAUUUCCCAGAAUCAGAGAGAGACAGGACUUGGGUUUGAGCUGCUGGCUUCCACAUUUUAACAGAUGCAGCAUUCUGGGAAUCUCCCUGUGCUCCUCCUUGCUUCUGGGUAUAGUGCUCUUACUGGAAGGUUCACUGUUAAAACACCACACGAAUGAACUUAAAUUCACUGUCCACAAGUUACUUGGUUACAAUCUAACUGGGUUUUCAUUCUGAAGAUGGAUGCAGGAAAUUUUUGUUUGAAACUUUAUAGAAAUAAUUUGUCAUCAGCCAGAAGCUCGGCAUUAUUGUCCUUAGCCCAGGCUCUGGGACUCCACCACUCAAAAACUAGCCCAACAACCAACCAACAGAUAAACAAAACCAAGCAGGCACACACAAUGUAUCCCUUCCACCAGCUCACCCCCCACACUCCUCCGGGAGUAUAGUCUGUACUGUCUGCCCUUAACUAAGCCUCAGACAGAAUGUCUGUCAUUAAGAUGCCUUUACUUUCCAUUGGAACACCCUUAAAGGUGCAGGCUGCCUCGCCAAGGUGAAUUUCCUGUCCUCUGGUGUCUCAGUAUUUAACUCCCGAUUCACAGUCUACCACUGUGACGGACAGGAAGGGCACUGCAGACAAUUUAUGGAUGGAAAAGGUAGAGGUAGCUUCUUCAUACAUACGCAUACAUCCUUUACCUUAUCUCAUUCUGGUAGGUAAUUGUUGAUUUUAUUUCAUCACUAUGAAAAUAUAAACUUGUUUUCACAAUAAUUUAUAAUUAGGAAUUUCAUUAAAAGUGAAUUAAGACAUGAAUAUGUAUGAAGAAAUUAGAUGUUCUAACCAUGAAUAUAUGGCAUCCCAGUGUCUUGAGUGAAUUACAGACUUUACUCAUUUCUGGGCCAUUUGUUUUAUAUAUAGAUUAAAUGCAGAUAAUUACUCAUUUGACAGGUUAUUUUAUUACUUUGAUAUAUCUCUAAGUACCAUGUGCAGUUAUAGGGUGAUUAUUGUUAUAAUUUGAUUCAUUAAUAACCAAAAUUAUCAUUUUUACAUGAAUUCAAAUUUGAAAGUUGGAAUUUGGUUUUGCUUAAAUUACUGACUUUGGCUUAGUGAGGUACUUUUAAAUUUGUGGGCUUUAAAGUUCCGUAUAAAACAAAAAUUAACUAUUUUUAAGUCAAACUAUAAAUAUUGGCUUCCGUAAGGAAGCAUGGAUGUAAUUUAUAGCUGUUUCCCUUACAAAGCAAUGGAUUAACUAUGGAUUCCAUUGCUGUCUUAGGUUUGAGAUUCAUCUUUCGCGUUUAUAGAUCCUUUGCUCACACCCACAGAGCAUCUGAAUGUUUGAUAACUAUUACACUACUUGGUCUAACCCUAAGCAAUACGGUAUGGCUUAUCAAUAAGUGGUUAAGUUGCUUAGAAAAUAUUUGCAAGUUUAUUAAGAUUUAUUAAGCAAUAAUAAAGAAUAAAAUUAAAAGUUCCUAAUCUAGUGUCCUAUUUGAAUGGCAGUUUUUUUAAAGUUGUGUGUCGUUUCCCCCAAAGACUGCACAUUUCUGAUCAAAGUCCAUUUUAUCUGCUCUCCUAGGCUGUGUCAGGAAAGCACAUCUCUCCUGUCUGUGGGAUGCAUUUUAUUUAAUUUUAUAGUUUUUAUGAUACCAUAUAUUAGAGAUUGCCAAAAAUAUAGAAAAAUUUUAGAGAGCAUUUUUGGAGUUGAUGGAUUCCCACUCUUGAAAGGGAAACAAAACACUAACUAUUUCUAACCCGCAUUAUUUACCGCAUGGGCGGUUAAAUGCUACUCUCAGCCUCAUAAAAUUAAAAGGGAGAGAUCUGCCAACUGUAGCAGGAAUUGGAUUUAGGAAGAGUGGUACAGAGCCAAAAUAUUGCUACAGAAUUAAAUGUCAAAAAUCUUCUUUAAUAGUAGAUAUAUAGGUCACAGUGCUUGGUUAUGAUUAAUACAUUUAAUCUAAAUCACAGAAAGUUGCACUCUCCUUUUCCAUAAAAUACAAUAGGACACAAAUCAGUUUUACUGUAGAUGGAUAACAAUUGGAAAAUAAUGCAUCUUCCCGCCCAAUAAAUUGUCAGUUAUACCUUUUAACUAAAAUCAAUUCAUCAUUCCAAAAUUUAUUGCAAUUUCUAAUAAUAAAUCUCCUCAAAUGUUUAUUCAUUUGGCUUUUGAUACAUUUGUGCCACUUCUGCUAUGGUCUAAUGUUUUCUCUUUUGAUUCAUUGUAAAUUAGAAAAUCUAUUUUCAGUCAAUUUUCUAGUGAGGAAGUUAAAAUCUAUAACCCUGCACCUUCUCCACUCUCCUGUGUACAUUUUAAUACCCUUGAACUUGAGCUUAAAUGCAGUCCAGUGAAUUCUUUCCAGUGCAGAUUAAAGGACUUUUCAGCAUAACUUGCAGGAAGGCUGAGGUUUCAUGAGACGAGUGCACAGAAGGUUGGUAGACGGCAGUUCCCAUUGAUGCAUUUUGAAUCGAGAUCCAUGGGUGUGCGUCAGUUUUGUGGAGUGUUCACAGGGAGACAGGAUCUGUUUGAAUUAGGGUCAAAUACUGGUCAUAAUUGGAGCCCGCCUCGCAGCAGCAUUAGCUGACAAGAGCCAUUGCAGGCGAGCAUGGCUAGCUGUCCGACCCAUGCCUUCUUCUGAGGUCUUCUCUUUAAUCUGAUCUCUGGUUUGGCUGCACGCUUUUGUUUUGUAAAUACAAGUUUUUCUAUUGCUGUCUCAUAGUCCAUGCUACGCCCAGGAAAUCAUCUGCUGCUUCUUAUGGAGAGUGUCUCCAGGAUGUAGUUGUCAUCUGCAGAAAUGUCAUUAUGUGGUGCCUGAACCUUUCCCAUCUUUGAUAUCUUAAAUUGCUCUUCAGUACAUUUCCUGACAGAGCCUUGAGCAUUGGCUGUGCACGCAGACUGGGGCCCUUUGCUCUCCCCGCACUCCCAUUGCGCUGCUUUUACAGAGUGAAAGCAGGGAUUAGCUCCUUCUCUCAGUCAAUGGAAAUCCACCUGUACCCAGCACGUCCUGAGGCAGAGCGGCCAAAUCUAAACUUUUAAACUCUCUCACAGAACUCUUCUCACACAGAACUCUUCUCUCACAGAGUCUUCAGCACCUUUUCAGAAUGGUGACUGUGAGGAAUGAAGAUGGUAUUAACUCAUCUGCCUGGAAUCCCUAACUUCCUGGCAGACCGGUGUAGGAGGUGCUGCAGGAGUGAUGUAUUGACUGAAGAACAAUAGUCCUGUGGCCAGCGCAGCCUUCUGAGAACUCAGUGUUUGCUGCAUAUUAACAUAAAUAUUCUCCUACAAAGAUCAGACUUUACUUGAAAGUCUUUUUUUCUUUUUCUUUUUUAAUUUUUGGGAUCUUGUGUUAUUGGGGAUUGAACCUAGGGCUCGAACAUUGAUUGGGUCUUUUUUAUCUCAAAGUAGUAUAUUAAAAAAAGUCUGUGAACUUAAAAAUUAAAUAUUAAGAAGUCAAUUAAAAAUUUAAUAUUUUGAUGGAUUCUUUAAAAUAUAUUAUUCAUUUGGGUUAACCAAAUUAAUUUCUAUAUUAAAAACUACAAGUUUUGAUGAAUGCAGCUAGCUAUACAAGCUUUAAUCUCUGACUUCUGUGUACUUCUUAAUUUGUUUUUCUUAUCACAUUAAACAUGAAAGUAUAUCAAAUCAUGUUCUUUCAAGUGAAAAUACAUAAAUAUCAAAAGCUUGUGCCUUUUAAAGGCCAGUAAUAGUUUUUAUUGGCAUAUGUUGAUAUACUUAAUAUUUUCACUAUGACAUUUUCUCACACACACACACACACACGUAUAUAAUCUACUUUGCUCAGUUCACCCUUAUGCCCCUCUGUUGUCCCUUCUUCCCAGGUAGGCCCCAUUCUGUUUCCCUGACUUUUGUUUUGGUAGAGCAAUAGGUUUAAUUGGUAUCGUUAGAAGAACGAGCAUGAGUCACUUACCAGUGGCUACACCACAGAAUAAACCUACCUCUCUCUUCUCUGCAGCAACUGUUAACUGUGUGUCCAUCCUCAAGGAGAGGUGGGGUAUUGUGAGCUCCUCCUUAGCAACCUUUCCAGGAGAAGGCCAUGUCAGUUCUCCCCUCAUAAUGGAAUGUUGACCACACCCAAUCCGAAGCAGGUUGUGCUAGGGCUAUGUCAUGCCUGGAACACAGUGCUCCCCGACACUCCAUCCCAUCCACCAGCUCUUAACCCGAUCUGGAGCUGAACACAGCAGUUGCUCCUCCAGCACUGUGGUGGCUUCCGCGUUCCUAUAGUUACCGCUUUCCCCUGUAGAAAGAAGCUUUGACCAGAGCCUCCAGCCGCACAGAUCUGUGGAUUUACUCACAGCCCAGCAGCGACUUUGUUGAUGCUGGUGCCCUUUACUCCUAGUUUAUGGGUGUCAAGUAGAAUUCCCUCUGUCUCUCUCUGCGUCUUUGACUUUAGGUUUCUCACUUCUCUUUCCACAUUUGUAUCCUAUGUUGACCUAGUCGCUAUGUCCCAAAUGUGCCUUGUCAACCUCUACUGGUCUACCAUUGUCACCAUGUGAAACGUUGCAUGACUGGGGUUCAGGUUUGGCAAUGUCUCCCUCAAGAUGCUCUGAAAUUGUGCCCACCCCAAGGCAUCCCUCUCUCCCUUCAGCCUGACACUGCCUCACUCCUGACAGACCUGUAGCAAUUUCUAGAAUGAUGCAAACAGCAUAGACCUGACUAUAUGUUGUUUACGGAGCUUCAGCGCUCUCAUCCUUACAGUAGCUCAGAUGACAUGAGCUAUAUUACUCAUUUACUUCAGACACCCAGAGCUCAGGUGUCUAAGGGGACAAGGCAGAAGAUCCACUUGUAAGGACUAGCUGUGAGAAGUCUCCACAGCCUGGAGCACAGCCCCUGGGACAGAUGUUCAGAUGAAAACCCUUUAAAGAGCUCUUCUGGUUGGAAGGAAGGAUACAGAUAUUUGCUGGCUGAAUCCUGCAGUGCACCUGUGCCUCCAUCAGCAUAAACUACAACUGAGGGUGUGACUAACAUCCUUCUUGACCGUGGGAGGAUGGGGAGAUGAGUGCCUAUGUGGUGAAAGUGAAUUUUAAAUGUGUCGUGUAAGGAGGGAAAGACGGUAAGUAGAACUGCAUGGUAGACUUCUUUGGAUUCUUAGGGAUAGCAUUCUCUGUAGAGACUAUGCACAGAUUUGGGUCAUUUCUUGAGAGAUGACCACAGAAGUAUUGUAACUGCCAGUUGACAGUUCAGGCACUUUUCUGACAAGUCAUUACCUCUGUCCUCUUUGUCCUAAUCUGAAUCUGUGCGCCAUGGCACUCAGUUGCUUUUCUUCUAAUCCUCGAGAGUAAUGAUUCUUUUCUGUGCGACCAGGAAGAUGUGUGCUGCUUUUCUGCUUCUAGAAAUGUAACUCUGUCUUACCUUUGUUAGAACCUGCUUUCAACAAUUCUUGGGUUUUUAACAAGAAAUAAUAGACUUUAGUUCAGCCACAUAAACUCCAAAGAACAAAAAGACCUGUGUUUUUCUUAUAUUCAAGAGUAAAAUGACUAUAUCUACUGUUAUUGAAUGAAAAAUUGAUAACAACUUUUCAUACUAUACAUAUAGUGCAUAUAAUAAUAUAUAAAAUAUCUAUCUAUCUAUCUAUCUAUCUAUCUAUCUAUAUUUGUCAUUCUGUAAACCAGGUAUAAACUUCACUAUAUUACUAGCUGUUACAAACAAGUGUUUUCCAUUUAUUAGAAACUAAUAAACAAGAAUAAUUUGACCUAUACUCAUUGAGGGAUACAGGACUUUCUCACCAGAGUGAGCCUUGUUUGACUUCAUGUAACUUUUUAACUUUACUGCAGUAUCUGAGAAGGAAAAUUGAUUUAACCUGUACAUUUCUCUUGCUAUUACUUGGAUUGUGUUUUAGAACAUUUGUUUGCUUAUAAAGCAACUAAAUGGUUCUUCUGUGUGUUUUGUUAGUUGCACAAAUAGGGUGGCUUUCACUCUGACACUCCUCUGCUCAUGUCCACCUGUUCCCUACCUUCUCUUGCUCCACCCUUCCCGCCCUAGGAGUUUCCUCAGGAGCUCCCCGUCUGCUUUCCUGUCUUAGUUAUUUUUAACCUGAAUUCACAUAUGAGAGAAAAUAUGCAGUAUUUGCCUCUGAGUCUUGUUUCUUCUGUUGCUAACCAUUAUCUUCUCCAGUUCUGUCCAUUUCCCCAUAGGGAGAUUGGUUGAGUUUGUUUUAGUUCUGGGUAUCAAACUCAGAGCCUUGCAUGUCCAAGGCCAGCGCUCUACCCCGAGCUUCAGCUCACAGCCCGGCUGUUUACCUCUAACAGGAGAAAAGCCAUCUGCAGGACUGCUUGUUUUAGGAGGUCGAGCUUAUGAGCAGCUUUACUAAAGAGAUGGCCACUUUCAACAGGAAAGCACUUGUGUGGGGUGGUGGGUGGCUUCAAGUAGGCACAGGGUGUGUGGCUUUCUAGAUGGGGUGGUGACAUGAGACACUAGGUAGAAGGGGAGGUACUAGCACAUCAAAAGACUAGGGAUGUUAAGGGCAGAUGGCCAUUCUGGAAGGCUUGUACUGAUUUAGUGUGUGAGUUCAUAUAUGUCAUACCAGAAAAACUGUAACUAGUAUCAACCAAGAAUACAAAACAGCUUUGUUUCCCAUAAUUGGUCCACGUGGAAAGCUCUCUCUUACUUCCUGCUAAGUAUCUCAGAGAUGUGUUUGUCAUGGCUUUCAGUUGAAUUCAUGCAAACAAAUAAUUACUUGUCACAUCAUUGAUUUCAUUUUCAUUGUGUUUAAAUUACUUAUUGCUAGAUUUGUAUGCUUAGAGUAAAAUACUGUAUUCUUCCCAUUAAAUUGUUACCCCAGUCAGGGAAGAGGGUGAGGAUUGCCCAUUGACGUCAGUUGACCUUCCACUAUUAAGGUUUACCUGUGGAGAAUGUUCUUUUAGGGAGUUUUAAUUUAUUUCACCUGUUUGGUGCAAUGCCUGAAUGUGUGACGACCCUGAGUGUGGGAAAGCAGCUAUAAGAGGGGUUCCUGUGUCGAGUGCAUUCUGAAGGGUAAUAAUAAUAUGAUUUGGAUUCUUUCACGGACUCUGCAACAAAUUGGAUUAGUUCAGUUAAAAUUUGAACAUAGUGCUUCAUAAAUAAAAAAAGAAAAAAUAAACUUAAUUCUUUUCAAUGGUGACAUCACUUUUCUAGUUAAAAAAUUCAAAAGCUCGAAAGUUGCCAUGGAACAGAGCAGGUUCCUGAUAUUUCCUGCAGUGUCACGUUGCUGUCCGGCUGUUGGCUGUCAGUACAACUGCUGUGGGUUCUUUGCGGUUAAGGCUGUUUUUGCUGCCAAAAUUGUAAGUUCUCUCACUACUCUCUGUCUUGGUUGACUGUGUUUCCUGUCCAUGUCCCUGGGCUGCUCAGAAUGUGCUGCCAUAACACUCAGCAGGGCUUCAGCUUGAUCCUUUGUAGAGUUUGUCUGGGUUUUCUCUACUGUACCUUCCUCUUGGCUCUGUUCAGUUUCCUUUUUUCCUACGUUGUGGAUACUAGCGUUCUCCACUGUGGAUACUAACGUUCUCUUGCUUGUUUUGGUUUCCUGUUCGUUUCUUUUUGAUAAGAAGUUUCCUAGGUCUUGACACCACACUUUGAACUCCAGUCUCUGGAGAGGUGACAGCUCUUCUGCCUUUCUGGGAACAAAGGGCACAGGAUUCCCUUCUUUACAUCUGCUUUCACAUGUUCAGGGCGCCAUACAUACAAGUCAUGGUGUGGAACUUGCUGGUUUCUGAGGACCCGUGGCUCUCAGUGUAUGUUCAUCUCACUGAGAGAUAAUAACAUCUCAGUUACAUGGGUUUUUAAACCCUGGUGGGGAGCACAGCUCAGCCCUCCACAGCUUUGGAGGAAAGACAGGCAGUUGGAAGGUACUGCCAGGCCAGUUCUGGUAAGAGAUCUCUGCUGGUCACCAUUUCCCAUUCUCACAGCUCAGCGUUCUCUGGUUAGUCCCACAAGAGUAUCCUGCAGAUUUGACUUGCUCUGACAUUCCCACCAUCACCUUCUCUCAGCGAGGAUCUCAUGGAGCCAGAACUUAGCUGCAAGACACUGAACUCCCGAGUGCUGCGAUCCUAGGCACACACACUGCUCCUAUCAGGCACACACCGCUCUUCUUGAAAGUCAAUAAACUUUAUGUAAAUAGAACUUUUUGUUGUUGUUUCUUACCAUAUUUAAAAUGAAAGUCAUCAUUGAACUCGAGUGAAGACGUUGAUUUCAUAGCCAUUUGGGACACAGACCUGACAGCUCACACAAGUUGUGCUCUGGCAGACACAUAAAUGUAUUGUGCUUUGGGGAGCUAUCACCGAGGUCAUUUCCGCUGUGCUUUUGGCCGGCUGUCUUUCUGAACAGUACUUUAUGAAACAGUGCUGCUGAGGAGAAAGAGCAGGACUGUGGGAUCUAGCAACUGCCUUUGAGUUGCAGCUUGCAGCCUGAGGCAGAGGACUUUGUUCUGUCUCUCCCCGUCUUGCUGUGUGCCCUUCCUAUGACCUACACUUACUGUUCUGUGCAGCGACCCCCUCUCUAUCUGCUCUGACUAAGCGCUGGGAUUCAAAUGUCUUAGAAGGGGAAGGGACUCCUUUCUGACUUGUCCACCUCUCUUCUUGGUGUCUAAAACAGUACGUUACACAUUACGGAACUUGUCCUAGCUUUUGUUGUGAAAAACACAGUGAUAGAAGCUGCUUCAGGGAGAAAGAGUUCAUCUUAGCUCAGCGUGCUAGGGUAUGGUUGGUUCAUCAUUACAGAGAGGUUGCAGAGGCAAGAGUGUGAGACACGCGGCCUCAGGCAGAAGCAGAGGAACAGUUGAAUGCAUGCAUGGCGACACUCACCUUGUUUCUACCACUCUUAAACAGCCUAAAACCCUAAAACCCAGGGAAUGGUACCACCCAUAGUGGGCAGCUCUUCUCUCCUCAGCUAAUGUCCUGACAGUCCUCUGUUAGACAUACCCACAGUCCCCGCUAGUCUAGACAAUUCUCUUAGAGACUUUGAGGUGAUGAAGUGAAGUUGACGGUGAUAGCUAACCAUGAUAGAACCCAACAUAUUGUCACAGAAUUAACGUGGGGUUCUUAAGAACAUUAAUUCAAACUUGUGUGUAGGUCUUUCUUUGUGGAAAACCUGAGCUAUCCAUUUGUAACUCUAGUACUUAACUCAAAGACAACUGAAAAUAAAAGGUUUUAAUUUCUGGCUAACGUAAGAAAUGGUGCAUCCUCACAUACGUGUUACUUUGAGGUUCCAGGAUGAUUGUGUCAGGAAAGAAACCUGUAACAAACGUGGGCUGAUUGAAGGCAUUGGGUGGAUGUCAGUGGAGGUAGGUGGUGGGGAUUGCCGAGGUGAUUUCCUUGAGGAAGUACCUGGUUACAUGACUUGACAUGUAGUCUGGUCUGCCUGGACAAGUGUUGGUGAUUUAUUGUCACAGAAAAAGAAUCAAAGGACUUGCUCAUCCUAGCUGCCCACCUUUGAUUCUGUGUUAAAUAUGUCACCACGCUGUCUUAUUUCUACUGUAAAGAGCAGACACAGGGAAGACUGUGGAUUCAGAAACAAACUAAAUAUAUUCUUUGUCCUGAAUUGUUUAUUAUAGCCAGUGAAUACUUUGAAAAAGAUUAGGUUCCAGGUCUUUGAUUAUAAUUUUUGGUAAGCGAUGUAGGAAAAUACAGUCCCAUAUAUUUAAUCCUAUCACUCGGCAAGCAGAGUCUAGCAGAUCUCAGUUAGUUCAAGCCUAGCAGGGUCUAAAUAGUGAGUCCCAGUGCAGCCAAGGUUAUUACAGAGGCUCGGUCUCAACAAAGCUUCCCCUGUGUGCACAAGUCAUCCUGGUGAAGCCCUCUGCACUGCUGGUGAAAAGCACACCUUCCUGACCCAGCUCUCCUCUGUCUUCCUCUAGUUGCUUACUCUCACACCCUACCUACAGCCUGACUAAAAUUCUAGCAUCUGCCUCCUGUCACCAUGCUGUUCUUCCAGUUUCCUUAACGGCAGCUUUCUGAAUCGUGGUUGAGCUAGCAGCUCCCGUGCACUUGUAGCACUGGCAUUUGUGUGGGUUUCCCUUUGUCCCUUGCCUUUCAAAGGGCUCCACUUGUUUAGUGUAUUUCUUUACACUUUGGUCUCUAUAGUUUUGGGUUUAAUUUUGCAUUUCUAAAAGCCUUAUUUUAUAUGAGAGAAUGGAAGGAGUGUUCUGCAGCCAAAUUUGUACAGGGAAUGCCUCAUGAGGCAAUUUAUGCACAUCUGCAGUUCUCUGAUGCAUUCAAACAAGAUUUAUCAAGAGAAAUAAUGAUUUUUAGUAUUUCCUGGAAGGGAAAAAUUCUUUCCUCUUUGCUUGCUUUGAAAUAGGUUUUGGAACUCAUAUUUUGGGAAAUGCUGUUAAUAUGUUUGUAGACAGGGAAUUUAGGUCUUUUGUCCUGAUUCUGCUCUUGACCAUAUCUGAGAUAAAUUGAUUGUGGGUCCAAAGUAUUCCAACCCUCCUCUCCUUCCUUAAAGUACCACUGAUGCAGGUCAAAAUGAGUUUCUUCUAAACAUGUUUCUAUAUUUAAAAAAGCAAACUAUAGUGUGUAUAAGUGUAUGUUUGUAUUUAUCUGUAUAUAUAUAUAUGUGCAUAUAACUUACAGGAUUUAAGAAUGUAUGAAUAUUAUCAGACAUAUACAGUCAUAUUCAUUUUAAGAAAGAACUGGCCUGUAGGCUUCCUGUCCAGCCUACAAGAAAAGUUCAACCCCUUUUAGUGAAGUCCUAGAGGUAACUUCCCAGAGGCCGACAGUGCUGUGUGAGUCCGAGCUUUGCCUCAGCCUAUACCUUUAUAUCAAUUCAGUAAUACAUUGUUUGGGGUGAAUAUGCAUUUCCUAUUACAGAACUAAAUGUCUGUACUUUCCCACCUAUGACAGUUAAAACGUUCCUGUCACGACACUCCAUUCCCCUUGUCCAGUCAGUGUACUAAAGCAGAAUGCAGGAGACGUCUCAGUGCAAGGCCCCUUGGUCUGAAAGCAUGCCAAGUGAGUGACGUUGAAGAACGUGUUAAAUAAAGCAUGCUGAGUUUCUUGACAAUGUGAAAUGUAUUGGUUUGUUUGUCUUAAAGUUACAUUUGUUUUUUGUGUUUAUGGGUGUGGGUACACACAUGCCCUGGCAAGUGUGUGUAAGUGUGUGUGUGUGUGUGUGUGUGUGUGUGUGUGUGUGUGUGGCAGAUCAUGGGGUUUCCUUCCUCCACAAGUGCCAGGGAUCAAACUGGACUCAUCAGGCUUAGCAGCAAAGCACCUCCACCUGAUGAGCUGUAUUAUGCUAAAAGUUUUAUAAUAUCAAACAUUUAUUUUUAAUACUUUUAAUUGUAUGUGUCUAUCUGAAUGUCGUAUCUGUAGGUAUGUCUGUCUGUCUGUACGUCUGUCUGAGUGCAUGUGAGUGCAGUUGCCCCCAGAAGUAUUGAUGGGAUCCCUUGCAGCUGACAUCACGUGAGCUGACUGAUGUGGUGUUGAACUGAACUCGGGUUCUUUGCCAGAGCAGUGCUCUUGACCGCCGUGCCUCCCACGAGCCUGGCUUGUUAGUUUUAGUCUUUAUUUUAUCGGGUCUGUUGCCAUCACAUUUCUAUGAAUGCUGCCGACCUUCCUUGGAUUCUGUGUUCUUGCAUUUGCUUCCUCCCUGUGGUUCUGUUUUAAGUGUCUGUGUGUCACAAGCACUGUGUGUUGAAUUUGAAGAACUCUCCUGUCAUACACCUGUGUCAGGUUUUCACUAAUUCAUUACGCUGCCUUCAUGGGCUUCUUUAUAAUGACCAUUAAGGUUCAUGGUUCAUCCUCCCUUACAAAGCAUUAUCAUUCUCACCGCCCUCCUUUUCAGCAGUGCUAAUUUCCUUUCCCAUUUCUCAUUUGAAAACCUGGUAAUUGAAUCAGUUGUUUGAGACCUGUGGAGAAGACAUGAAAGUUUGCUCUGCAUUUAAAAAAUAAAUUUUUAAAAUUAUUUCUAGUUCUGUGUAUUUGUGUGUCUCUGGGUGGACAUUUGCAUGCAGGUGCAGGUGCCCUUGGAGGCCGGAAGAGGGUGUUGGAUCCCUUUGAACUAGAGUUAGAGAUGUGGUGAGCAGCUCAAGGUGGGUGCUUAGGAACUGACCUCUGCUGCUUUGCAAGAACCAGUCAUGUGCUUAACCCAGAACCAGCCCUUAGCCCUCAGCCCUCAGACCCCAGACCUCAGCCUCCAGACCUCAGCCCUCAGACCCCAGCCCUCAGCCCCCAGACCUAAGCCCUCAGCCCUCAGACCCCAGCCCUCAGCCCCCAGACCUAAGCCCUCAGCCCUCAGACCCCAGACCGCAGCCCCCAGACCCCAGACCUCAGCCCUCAGACCCCAGACCUCAGCCCUUAGCCUCCAGCCCCCAGCCCCCCAGCCCUCAGCCCUCAGCCCCCAGACCUAAGCCCUCAGACCCCAGACCUCAGCCCUCCAAUCCCCCUUUCUCCUAGUUUCCAUUUCGUUGAUUUUUCUGAGCUGCAUUAUUCAGUUCAGUAUUGUAAUUACUUGAUUUUUUUCUUUCCUUCUUUUCUUUUUUCAUUUUUCUUUUUUCUUUUUGGUCCAAAGUGUUAUUUAGUCUAUUCUGAUUAUUAAGAAGAGUUACUGGUGUAGUUAUCCUGUAAGGAAAGCUAAUAGUCUGGUUUAAUCGUUUCUAGUUUAUCCCGUGGAAUAUGUAGGAGCCUUAAAAUGUCUAAUGAAUGAUUUCCUGGUCACCUAUGCUAUCUUGUAAUGAAUGGUGUGCCUCCCUUGCUUGUCAGAGCAGGAGCCCUACCUACAGUAGUGCCUUUCUGUUGAGAAGUUCGCUGCAGUGAGACAUGGAAAGCUGUCUGACUCUGACUCAGUCACUGAGCCCCUCACACGCUGGUGGCUGCUUACUGGCCGCUGGACUCAGGCUUCUUGGUCCACCUACCACCUUGUGUUCCUUCACAAGCAACAGUUUAACCCAUUGUCUUCUGCACAGUGUUGUGGAUUAGAGCGUAUGUGGACAUCAGCACAGCCUUGUCACGGAUGUUGAGAAUGAACACCUCUUCUUUUAAGGUCAAGGGUGUGCUUUCACCUUUUAUGCCAUCAUUUGGGAUGAUUUCCUGGUUAUAUUUAUCUUUCUGUACAUUCUGGUGUUAUUUUAAACAUCUAAACACAUUUUCCAUAUGUACAAAAAAUGCUGAGAGCUCCUCUUUAUAAUCACUGUUGUUAUCAAAAAUAUUUGGUAUUAUGGGAUUGUGUUGACUUGAACUACUGAUAAUGAAAAUGGUUCAUAAAAUAUUUGGUAGAAAACUUAAAAAUACUAGAGAACUGUAAGUUAUUUAUAACCAUUGUAUGGUUUUGAGAAUACCAUCCUUUAAAGAGUAUCAAGCGUUAUUCAAGUAACACUGCAAUUUUCUCUUUUCUGUAACAGAAAAAGGGCAGUGGGGAGUGGACCAGGACCAGAGUGACAAAGAGAAGAGGAGUAGAGGAGCAGGCACAGUGGACAGUAAAGGCUCAGGUCAUGAUGCCAGCCUAGUUCAGGAUUCUCUUUCUGGAUAUUGUUGUUGUUGUUUAAGCUGAGACCCUCCACCGCAGGCUGCCCUUGACUUUCAUACAGCUGGAGAUGACCUUGAACUUCUCCUCCUGUGUCCAUAUCCAGAGUGCCAGGACUACAUCUGAUCUGUGCAGUGCCAAGCACACCCACUAAUACCUGAGCUGCUCCCCCUCUAUGUUUCCCUUAGAGCUGUCCCAGAGAAUGCAUUUACUUGCUUGACCUUACUUCUUUGGGACAUGGGUUUUUGAACAGAAAGGAAGAGGACUAAGCAAGACACAUGGUAAAGGGAAUUGUCCCAACUCGACCUUAAGCUGAGCAAAUGUCUAGUAAACUAGUAAAAGUUGCACUUUAAAGCUUCCUCCUGGGAAGCUCUCCAUGUUUGGCAUGUACAUGUAUGCAUAUGCAGCAGUUUCAGGAAUAUACCCUCUCUCGUGUAUCUCCUGGAGGUGGCAAGAGACGUGCAGUCCUGCGGAAACUUGGUCCUUAUUUAUGUGCCUGAGAUUUCAUGUGAUACAGACUCUCGUUUUAAGUGCCUACCUCAUUACCUAUCUGAGUUUCUAUAAACCAGGAGCUUCUGCUGCAUGUUAAUUUUAUAUACUUGGCUUACCUGUCCAAGGAAGGCUUUGUGGUCUUUGGUUUUCAUAGCACUGGAAAGCUUUGUUAAUCUAGGGCUAGUGUGUAAACACUGAAGUUAGAGGGAAGAGACGCCCUGUGCAAGGUAGUGUCUCUCAAACUCUGUCUCUGCAGAUGAUAGGGUUGUUAGUGACAGAUCCUGAGAAAUCUCAGCUCUGACCUCUUAAGUCUUGGGAGGGGUAGAAAGGCCGCACUUGUCCCGAGCUUCCAGAGGACGCUGAUGGCGCAACAAGUAGCACGGUGUGAGAGGGUGGAGCCGAGGGAGGAGCUGAGGGAGGAGCCCAGAGUAAGGGGAGGGGAUUUCCCAAAGAAGCUGCCUACUGCCCAUGGAGAGAAAUAACUGGGGCCGACCUCGCUGUUGCCUUGAGGGAAUUGGUUCUCACUUAGGUUCUUAACCAUUUUUUGAAGCAAAGCAUCUCCCUAUUCUAUAAAGUUAAGACUUGAGAGGCGGGUUUGCUAAUAAUGAGGGUAGAGAUGCUGUUGGUUUUAGUGUCCCAGCCCUUGGAUAAUGUCAUUCGAAAGACAAAUGUGUGGAACUGGCUGAAUAGGAAGACUACUGAUCGUUUGUGUUAGCGACACGAUUUAGUGAGUAAGAAGAGUACUGAUCGUUUGUGUUAGCGAUAGGAUUUAGUGAGUAAGAAGAGUACUGAUCGUUUAUGUUAGCGACACGAUUUAGUAAGUCAAACUUGGGUAUCAGUAAGCCAUUUAUUACAGGAAAUAGAAAAAGUUAAAUUCUGAUACAUCGCAGGGUGAAACCCAUGGUUAUUUACAGAUAUUGUGUCCUGGAAAUGUGUGUCUUUAUGUUCAUAAUACUGUAUAUCAAUAGGACUAAAAUUAUUAUGGCAAAAAACCAGGAGUUAGGUUUUUGUAGUAAACCUUCAAAGUCUGCCUUAUACGUUGUGUCUAAGAACACCUCAAUCUAAUACGUUGUGUCUAAGAACACCUCAAUCUAAUAAGUUAUGUCUAAGAGCACCUCAAUCUAAUAUGUUAUGUCUAAGAGCACCUCAAUCUAAUAUGUCUAAGAACACCUCAAUGUAGUCGCCAAGCAAGGCUGCUGCCUCGCUUGUUCUUGUGUCACUCAGAGCAGGGGCUGCUCCCAUUCUCCUCAGUUUACCUGGGAAGACCACCACAGUCGCAGCUACAGAGCAAAGACGUUCUGGCAGCAGCAGGUAGGUGGUGCCCUGGUUGCAGGGCUUGACAGUUUCUCCACGACACUCAGUUUCUCUGCUGUUUGUAAGUUUAUCUCGGUAAAUUUUAGAAAGACUGUCUUAGAAAUGGCUGUGAAGUAGCAUUCGAAUGCUCAGGUUUCCACGGCUGGGUUCACCUUCAGGUGCCGCUCAGCCCGUGGUGGAGAGCGGCAUUUAAACUCUGGAUGAUUUGUGUGCGCUAAGUGCAUAGAUUUACUGCUGCAGUUUGAACAUUUUUAAAUUAAAAUAUAUCUUUCAUUCUGAAUGUAUUGAUUUGCACAUCUCUGUGUCAAUAUUAAGUCAAGUGAAUUUUCCAAUAAGUUCAAAAAGAUGUGGCAGGGCGAGCGGAGUGUAUUAGAUUUCUAGCGGUUUCUUCUUGUCUGGCUUUGGGCAGCUUUCUUAGUGUUGGUCAGAAUUUAUUUUAAAGACAGUGCUCUAAUCUAAUAACUCUUCCCAUGCCUCUUAGAAGUUUUGUGGAUAAAUUGUUUCUGGAAACCUUGAUGCAUUUCUGGACAUCUCUUUAAUAAAGAAUGUAGGUAAACAUAAUUUUACAUCUUUAUAAAAUAUACUAUUAUUUGGAUUUUAAUUGGUUCAUAGGAGUAUUUUUUCUUUAUAUGUAUUUUUUUAAUUUAGAGAAAUUACACUUAAAAAUAAUAGCAUAGUAGUCCCUGUCAGUUCAUUGGAAAUGUUAAAUUCUUUCAUGAAAGUUAAAACACUGACAUAAUGCAGUCAUGAUUCUGAAGUAGACAUGUGAAUAGACAGUUUAUGUUGGAUUUUAUAGGUGUGGCAACAUGUAGUUGGACUAGGGAAGAAUGUUGUUACCAGGUGCUUAGUGUGGGUGAGAGGGCCACCCACUCCGCAGUGGGAUGACAGAAGCUGACACCCUGGCUCUCCAGGCGAUGCUCCUCAAGGUCCUUCAUACAUUCACUGGAUCAUCAUUUCAACACAUGCUGUGUGGACAUGCUCAUAUUCAUGAUGUGCCAUUAAUCCACCAUUGACUUUGGAAGAUAAACAUUUAAUAUAUGUGUGCGAUGUGUGGUAAAGAAAUGGCAGGGAUGGUCUUCCACCAGGGAGACUCUAUAGGUCUGUAAAAUGCUGAUAGAAGAAGGGAGAGGCAUAAAUGGAGAAACAGAAGCGUGGACUAGGGAUUUGGAAAGUGAUCCUAAGAGGAGGGGAUGCUUCCCCUUAAAGUGGUGUUUGCACUGUAGCCUGACAAUCACCCCACUGUAAACCAGUUCUUCCUAGUGCUUUUCAUUCUCCGGCACACCGAGGAGAAUCGCACUGUGAUAUAAACCCAGUUUCUGUAAAUAGUACUCUAGCGCCAGUAAACAGGAUAGCAUGGGCUCCUUGAUUUUGAUCAAUUAGCCCUUCAGGAAUUUCAGUCCCUAUGCAACAAAACUCAACUUUGAUUUUGAACAAAGUAACUCAUUUCAGCAGAAGCACAGCUAACAGUUUAUAAUCUAAAUUAAUAAACACUUUAUAAUCUGCUACUGGAUAUUAUGCCAAGAUUUUACACACGCCUGCUCACUUAGCCUUAGCACUUGCCUCUAACAUGGCCUUCUGCCCAGCUCUGCAAGCUGGCGGUAAAGACUUAGGUUUAGUACUCCCCGGCCUUGAAGCAUAGACUGGAAUCUGGGUUGGGGGCUGUGUCUCCAGGGUGCAGAAACGAAGGCUGUAGCAUGGCCGUGCGUGCGCCUCUAACACAGGACUCUUGGGACUUUUAGUUACUGGAGUUGUGCUGUCCUUGCUUCCUAAGGAAAGAUCCUGUCUUGGAAAUGCAGUUGAUAACUUUUCUAGCUUGAAGUAUGAUUGUAAAUUGAAAAUAAAUAAAAAGCUUUAACCUCAGUAAUAUUUCUUAUGGUCCUGUAUUUAUAGACGGGUAUAGAUUUCUAGUAACUCUUUGUUAAGCAAUUAAAUAUGCACUUACAUAAAAUAAUGUUCUUAAAUGAAUUUAUAUGUUUAUUAUUCAGUGAGCAGGUAAAAUUUUUAUUUUCCUAGGCAUAAUAUUGGCAUGCCUUUCAGGUUCCUGUAUCAGAAUUUUUACAAAACUUUGUGCAGCAAAACCGAAACUGUUAAAAACACAGGUCUGAGCGCCAGGGCUGCUGUGUCUUCGGUCAUCUGCUUAAUCCCGCUCCCUGCACACAUCAAUACCACCUAACUCCACUCUACCAGCAGUAAUUGGCUGAUGGAGUAGAAGAUAUAGAUUUGUUUUCUUGAUGACUCCUUGACUUUUUUCCUCUGGUAAUACUAAUAGAAUUCCAAAUCCGUACUGGUGCGGUCAUGUCAGGAGCAGGUCAACAGUCAUGUCAAGGUCCUAUUGGAAAGCUCACAGCCGACAUCUUAAUUCAGACUUAGCUUCCUUCUCACUUGGAUGUGCGGCUGUAAGCAGUAUUUUCCAGGCCCAGCUCUCUAUUAUAACGGAAUUCAUUUAGUUCAAAGGGGAUAGUUCUGCAUGUGAAUUAUGUGACCGGCUACCCUGCAGUGAAUGGAAUAUAUAAAAAUCUGGGCAUCUCAUCUGUGUGCUGGGAUACAUGUUUCUGUUGUCACGUUAUAUAGACUGAACAAGACUUGGAAAUCCUUUACCAUUUUCUUCCUGCAAUCAGAUUUCAUGUUACAUAGUUUGCAGUAGUGAAACAUGAUUUAAUUGUUUGAAGUUCUAGGAAAGUGUCCUUUGACUUUAAGUUGGAGCUUAACCAUAGGAGAAUUGCCCACCAGUUUGUCAUGAGUGCUCCAAUUUGCAUUCUGUGAUAUGUCUUCAUAAUAAAAAAUGAGUUCAUAAUGGCCAAUGAACUUUCAAAUGAUUAAAUUGCUUUGCUUGGGGGAAUAAAAAUGCAAGCUAAAGCAGGCCCGGUAUUAAUACAUGGAUGUAGACGUGACUGUGUAACUGUGUGUGUGUGUUGACAUAUGCACCGUGCCCCUCACAUGGUUCAUUGUCUCUCUCAUCACUGAUUGGUCCGCCUGUGAGCUGUGCCACUUGCAGGUAGGUGGGUAUAACUGCACUCACCCUGUGGCAGACACAAAUAGGUAAUGGCGACUUUGGUCUAUCAGAUUUACAUUUUUUUUUCUUUUAAUCAAGGUUUUGAAAUGAAUGGGAACUGAGGGCAGAACUCGGGGUUAGAAGACAGAGGAAGCUGUGAGCCCUUGGACUUCCUCGGGGACGUAGACAGAGGCAUGCUAAUUGUCGUGUACAGUUUUACACUUUGUAGUCUGUCCUAAGUCUUUCUCAUGAUGCUGAAGUCUGCGCAGACCUGUGCAGCGCAGCUCUGUGUGUUUGCUGCACUCAUGGCCCUGCACGUGUGCAGACUGCACACCCGGGCACACCGGCCGGGUUACCAGACUGAUAGUUUCUGCUGCCUCCUCACUUGUGUAGAAGGCCAAAGCCAUCAAACUGGAAGCCGAGGAAGAGCCAGUCAGCAAUCUUGAGCUAUGAUGCACUGCUCUUUUCCAUCACUUGUGUUUUAAAUCUGAGCCACCUGGAAUUUUGACCAAUAAAUCCAAAUCUUUAUUUUAGGCAAAUAAAAUCACCCAUUUCUGCAUGUCUCAGAGUGAAACUGUUUUUUUUUAAUAGUAUAAAUCCAGUUGAUUUUCUCUCAAGAUAAUGACUGAGUGCGCUCACAGCAAGAGCAUAUUUGAUGUCGUUUCAUGCUUUUAUUAUGUAGUUGUGAGAAGUAAGAAUUACAACCUUUUUCAGGGCCAAGUACAAAACAAAAUAAAAUAAUACUUUGCCUGACAGUUGUCUGAACAGCAAACCAUCUGCCCAGUCGCAGUUGAACCUCAGCCUUACAAAAGGUCAGACAUUUGCCUCGGCCAGGACAUUCGCCUGUCUGCUGUCCUUCCUCUUCUGGGAGCCCUUGGUUGUUCUGCUCUAAACCUGCGGAUGUGGCCAGUACAGAGCAACCAUAGCCUCAAACUGCUGCCUUCCUGCCCUCUGAACUCUUUAUCUCAGGGUGUCACAGAUGUGCUUUAACAUUGUUUAAAUACAUGCAAAAAUUCCCUUUACCAUUUAUUUAUAAAACAAUACAUUAAUUCUCGAUUUGCUCAGGUUUCCUCAGAAUCGUCAUGCCCUCUAAAACAUGUGGAUUUGUGUGACUAGUUGUUCAGGCACCAGACGGUGCCCUGUGUCUAGGAAGAAACUAACUGACAUUUUCCAAACUCAUGUUUGAGUUUCUUAGGGAUCAAAGAGUUAAAGUAAUCUCUUACCUUAUUGUAGGCAGUAGUGUGGAUGUGAGAUUGAUUUUUAUAUUUCUCCAGCCCCUGAAUUUGAUCUUGAGCUUUCCCACCUUUGUGGUUUCCUGGGCAAGCAUACUAAGGAGGAAAGGACCCAGACCACAGUGACUUUGGACUGUUGUGGUGACAUUCGCCAGGAGAAUAGUAGUGUUGCUUGGGAAGUUUAUGGAGGAGCCGAGUGACUGUAACACACGAGAAGUACAUCAUGGAUACUCAGAAAUGUUGCUUCCGUCCCCUCUUUGCUUAGACCUGCGGCUGUUUCUCCUCACAUAGGUAAAGGGUGGCCCUGCUGCCUGCAGUUAGAGAAACCAUUCAGUACUGAGCAGAGUUUCUGAGUGUGUUGUGGGAGCAGAAGGACACCUCUUGACAUAACCUAGAGGAGCUCUAGGGGUUCUAGUCAUCUCUGUCAGCUUCAGGCAGUCCCUGAAGCACUUAUGGCCUUGUUGGUUUCUAUCAGAAUCUCCAUGGCAGCAUCUGGGUCAUAGGCUGGGCUGGGCCUGGGGAAAUGGAGACCAUUGAGAGAAUCCUGCACUGCAGCCGAGUACUGGACAGUGUAAGGAAGACAUGGUUUAGGGGCUCCUCUACUCUGCAAAGGACGCUGAGCGUGCCUGGUACGUGUCCGGUAUGAGCUCAUUUGCUCAGAUUGAAUUCCUGCUGGAAAUGGUAUCCAGUGAUGGGCAUGUCUAGAAUAAUCUGCAUUUGUCAUAGCCUGACGCUAGUCCCACUGGUGCCUGUAUGUGUUUAGAUUAUGCAGUUACUUGCUUUUGAAAAAUUGUCUUUUCUGUGCUGUUUGCGCAAAGUAAACAAUUCCUGUGUUCUGUUCAAAAUAAUUCAGUAAAUAUAUUUACCUAAGCCAUUAAUUGAGCUUUCUCUCCAUUUUGUUAUUUGAGUAUUACUAUUUGAAUGCAGUUUGUGGCAUAAUUAGUAGCCAGGUUAUGUUAGCUGUGAGAAGGACAUCUAGCAGUUUUGACACUGAGAAUUAUAAGACAAAAGACAGAUUUGUGCUAUGGCCAUAACUAACAAGAAGUUCAAAACAUAAACCGUCACCUUGGGCUCUGGUAACAUAAAUAACAUUCCUUUUUCUCAAUGUUUUACUUCAAAGUUUAUGUAAGCAACUCAUCUCUUGUCAGCUUUCUCUCUUUCUGCUUAAUUAAAUUUAGAAAAUAGCAUCCCCCCUCCCCACUGGAUCACUCCAGAGUUCAUGUUUGUUGAAUUUUUAAAAAUAACAUUUUUGUGUCUGUGUUUAAUGGUUCAGAUACUUAUCAGAGGUCAUUCAUUCUAAGAGAAAGGGGAUGACAUUCAACUUAACAUUUCUUCCCAACUUUACAGACUGUCUCUUUAAUUAAAGAGUUGAAAAUUGUGCUAGUCCUUUGCGCUGAAUAGCUGACAUAAAAUGCUGGCACUGUGUUUUGCUGAUUUUUUUUUCUUCCAAGUGACCACAAUUAUUUUAAUGCUUUUAAUGCAACUUUGCCCAUUUUUGAACAACAAAGACCUCUUCAAAUGUCUCACAUUGCUUAAUCCAGAGAAACAGCGUGAUAGUGGGGUGAAUUCUGAGUGCACAAAGAACUGUUGGAGGGGACAGUGAGGGCAUCUCUCGGAUAAGCUUCCAAUACGAUGAGAGUGAUAACAGGUCUGCCACUUGUGCAGAAGACAAGCAGGCUCUUACAGCAUUUGACUUUACAAAGUGUCGUUGUAUCUGUUUAGAAAGCAUAUUUUAGAUAAAUGACCUGGGAACGAUAGUGAAUGUUUUGUAUCCCGAGGUAUCCAUCAUGUUUUAACAUUUCUUAAGUAGAUACAAAAGUUACCUUUGAAAUUUUUUUUAUGAAGAUGUGUUCUCAAUUUGUAAGGUUUCUACUUAAGUUUUAUUAUUAACACUUGCUUUGCUCAGAAUUGUCGUCCCCUCUAAAAUAUGUGGCCGUUUAUGUGACUAGUUGUUCACAGCGUCAUAUAUAUUAGUCUCAGUAUCUGGCCUCUCAGACUUAAUAGAUGAGAGCAUCACAAGGAUGUAGCCCAGACAGUGGUGUGUAUUACACAGAGAUUUGCUGGGGCUGGAGAAAUGGCUCAGGUUAAGAGUGUAUUCUGUUCUUGGAAAGACCCAGGUUCAGCUCCUAAGAGCCGAAGUGCGCAAUUCAGAGCUGCCCGUAACUCGAGCUCCAGGAUAUCCCAGCACCUCUGGCCUCUGAGACUGCCUGCACUCACCACAUGGAGACAGACACACAAAUACCCAUAGUGUAUAUACCCAUAAUGAAACCAACACUUUAAAACCUAGUGUAUAGCCAGACUGGGAAACGUACACAAGAAAACAGAAGAAUUAGAGUGCUGGUUCCUAACUUGUUCAUCUUGGGGCUUUGGGCAAAUAGUGUUAGUCCUUGCUAAGAUUGUUUCAUCAGUGAGGCUGUUGUAUAGAUUAGGGUAUCAUCUCUUACUGUGUGUGCCAUAAAGCUGAGUGCUCACGGACUCACAGGAGCAGGCAGGAAUAUAUGUGUAUAUUCUGGAGUCACAAGGGGCAGGUAGGAAUACAUACGUAUAUUCUGGAGUCACGGGGGCAGUCAGGAAUAUAUGUGUAUAUUCUGGAGUCACAGGGGCAGGUAGGAAUAAAUACGUAUACUCUGGACUCACAAGGGGCAGGUAGGAAUAAAUACAUAUAUUCUGGAGUCACAAAGGGCAGGUAAGAAUAUAUACGUAUAUUCUGGAGUCACAAGGGGCAGGUAGGAAUAUAUAUGUAUAUUCUGGAGUCACAAAGGGCAGGUAGGAAUAUAUACGUAUAUUCUGGAGUCACAAGGGGCAGGUAGGAAUAUAUAUGUAUAUUCUGGAGUCACAAGGGGCAGGUAGGAAUAAAUAUGUAUAUUCUGGAGUCACAGGGGCAGGUAGGAAUAAAUAUGUGUAUUCUGGAGUCACAGGGGCAGGUAGGAAUAUAUACGUAUAUUCUGGAGUCACAAGGGGCAGGUAGGAAUAUAUACGUAUAUUCUGGAGUCACAGGGGCAGGUAGGAAUAAAUAUGUAUAUUCUGGAGUCACAGGGGCAGGUAGGAAUAUAUACGUAUAUUCUGGAGUCACAGGGGCAGGUAGGAAUACAUACGUAUAUUCUGGAGUCACAGGGGCAGGUAGGAAUACAUACGUAUAUUCUCGAGUCACAGGGGCAGGUAGGAAUACAUACGUAUAUUCUGGAGUCACAGGGGCAGGCAGGAAUAUAUACGUAUAUUCUGGAGUCACAGGGGCAGGUAGGAAUAUAUGUGUAUAUUCUGGAGUCACGGGGGCAGGUAGGAAUACAUACGUAUAUUCUGGAGUCACGGGCAGGUAGGAAUAUAUGUGUAUAUUCUGGAGUCACAGGGGCAGGUAGGAAUACAUACGUAUAUUCUGGAGUCACAGGGGCAGGCAGGAAUAUAUACGUAUAUUCUGGAGUCACAGGGGCAGGUAGGAAUAUAUGUGUAUAUUCUGGAGUCACAGGGGCAGGUAGGAAUACAUACGUAUAUUCUGGAGUCACAGGGGCAGGUAGGAAUAUAUGUGUAUAUUCUGGAGUCACAGGGGCAGGUAGGAAUACAUACGUAUAUUCUGGAGUCACAGGGGCAGGUAGGAAUAUACACGUGUAUUCUGGAGUUGUCGAGUACUUACCUUGUUGUUUGUUUGUUUUAGACAAAGUCUGGUACUUGUCCUACCCUGCCCAGUAUAUUAGACUCACAAGCCAGGCCACUCUGCCCAGCUUGACAACACACUCGUCUUGUGACCACACUUAGUGUGUCAGGCUUUGCCUUUGUUUGUUCACUUCAGUGACUUGGAAUCUAUAAACUAUAUCACUUCACUAUAAGUUAGUCUAGUCACAGCCUCCUGGGGUGGCACAUGUGUUAGUAGACCCAAGGUAAGCUUGGAUUUUCUAGCUGUUUGGAAGCUGCUCUGACUAAGCCUCUGUUCACACAUCACAUGAUGACCAAAGGGUGUAAAUGAAGGGCAGGGAUGCCUUCCUCUCUCAGGUGGAUGGGGCCUUUCCCAAGCAUCUCUUACUGUCGAGAGCCUCAUUUCUUUCCAGUUAUUUUACAAACAUUUCCAAGUUCCACACCUUUCCGGCUAUCUUUUCUUAAUGUUUGUUAAUGCUUCAAAUGGACUGCCCAGCAGUAAAGCAUGUUGGGAUAUUUUCCUCUCAUUGAUCACUACAAAGCAGUCUAUGUCAUGUCAGUUUGGGGGUAAGUGAAAAGGCUUAGCAUUUUGUAGUUAGUUGAACAUUGUUUGAGUUUGUAACACUAAAGCCAGUAAUUUAUUAAACUUGGGUCAAAUAGAAGUUUUUCCUUUUUUUUCUAGAGAUGCGUGCAUGGUGAAUUCAUGAACUGCUGAGAUCUGUUCCUUUCUAAUGAACACUGGCUUUCAUCCUAAGUUUUCUGUCCUCCAGUGUGGUUUGAUGGGAUCAGAGAAGUGCAGUGGUAUAGUUGCUUGUUCUGAUGGCUUAAAAAAUAAAUGUCUGGGCUUGAAGUGGCCUGGAAAUCAUGCUGACAAGAGGACUCCUUUACAGAUUCCUACCUGCAUGUGCUUAAUUCUGUCUACCUCCUGACUCAAGCUGUGGCCCAGCACAGAUGCUGUGGUGGCUACAGACAGAGCCAUCUUGGUGGUUGGAAGCAUCCUGCCUCCAGGUAAAAGCAGCCUCCUUGCUGAGAAUGAAUGUCAUUUCCUUUGAGAACUUACUCAUUAUUAACCCAUUUUAGCCCCUCUAAGGAACUCCUCUCCUAAGGUCCCUCCUUUAAGAGAAUGCACAGUCUUGACUUUGUGGGCAGUUGCUCAACACACUUCCUGAAUGAUAUUUGAACAGUCAGAGCCCUUCUGUCAGGGACUUGAGCAGGUUUGAAUAGUAUGGAUGGACUCUUCUUCCUUGUCCUGGAGACAGACUUUACAGUGCAGUGGAAGUCAUUCACAGCAGGAAGAGGAAGGCGCUGGGGUCCUGCUGCAAUGCGUGUAGUAUAUCUGUUACCUUACUGAACAAAAUACCUUCUCCAAGCAAGUAUGACCAAACGUUUACUGAUGAAAUUGAAGCUGACAGACUAAAUAGUGUACCCAAUAACAAGUCUUUUCUAUUCAUUUUCUAGUUUUAAACAUUGUUCAGAAUGACUAGAUGACUCUGGUGUGCAGUUGGACCCUGUUCGGCAGCCUGCUUGAGCUGUGCUCCCCACUAUCUUUGGAGUGCUCCUGAGUGCUAGUGCUCGCCUUUCAUUGUUGGCCUCUUCUGGAGCUCAUGUCUACUCACGUGCUCUUUGAAACGUGGGCUUAUUUGAUCCAUCAUCAAAAUAUCAGCCAGAGAACAAUGGUUAUUAUCUUCCUUGCUUACCAAAUAAAAGCAUCCAUUGCUUUAUUUGGUUUUGAAUAGAGUGACGUAUCUCCUUUCAGAUGACUGCUUCUAACAUAGUUAGCUGAUGAAACACGUCACCUUAUUGAGCAUAUGGGUUCCAGGUUGUGGCACUGCUCCUGUUUGUCAUCUGGACCACUCAUGUGUUAAAUCUUGACCACCGUCUAUCCCCCUUGGACGUUUUCCCAUUUACAGUAACUAGCAGUGCUCUUCUGCAUGUGACUGAGUGACUCUUCUGUGUGUGAUAGAAACUUUAGCUUCCUCCUCAUCCCCCUAUUGCAUAGUAGUUUGCAGCAUUGAUACAUCUCAUUGUCACGUCUCUUGCGUCAGAGUCAUCCAGUUACCUUCAGCUUUCCCUCCUGUCCUAACAGCGUCCGUCUCCUUUUGUUGAACCUUUGCCUUUGCUCUUUACCGUGCGUUUCCACAUCAGCAUUGGAGAGGCCAGGUCAAAAUAUUAGUCACAUCUCUCCAGCUCAGCAGUGCGGAACAGAGGGAGUCCUCCGCCAGCUUACAAGACAUGGCCCAAUACUACUGCUCCUCUGUGUGGACUGUGCUGCUCUGUCCUCUCCCCAGUAGCAGCAGCCUGGGCCAGUAGCUCUCCCUCCACUGUGAUUCUCUUUCUUUGAGGACACUGGAACUCUCUCCCUUGCCGACUAGAGGUGUUUGCCAACUCUAAAACUUUUCCUUCUUUGCUUUGCUUUCGAUCCCUCCCUCCCUCCCUCCCUCCCUCCCUCCCUCCCUCCCUCCAUGUGUACUUGUGGCAUCACAUACCUUUUCUCCCUAGAAAGUAGGUAUCGCGCAGGGAAUCGACAGUGUUCGUUCACAUCUGUGUGCCCAUAAUGGCAAGCACUAGUCGAUGCUCAGCAGACACAAGUCAGUGUUUGCAUAAAGGAGUGCACACCAUGACCACAGUGUGUUCUGCAUCUUGAGGUAACAUCACAUACGUUCAUCAUAUAUUUUAAUGGCUGCAUGAUACUAUCACAUAGCUAUAAAAUAUUCCUUAUCCUAAAGACUCAUUUUUAUACUGCUGUAAAUAAUAGUUUGGUGAACAUCUUUGUGACCUGAAGGUCUUUCCUCCCAAGAAACAUAACACAUGCAUGUAAUUACUCACUUACAUAUGUUACCUCAGUAGAAUCACUUUAGUGAAGACUGUAGAUAUCAGAUAUUCAAAGCCAAUGGCUGUUAUAAGUUAAUCAUCAGUGUCUGAAUACAUGUAACAUCAGACAAGUUCAGCACUGUAUGUAGACAUUGUUCCUGCCUUAAUUGGGCACGUUCAUAAAUUGAAUGUAAGGGAAAAUAAUUUAUGGGGAGAUCCAGCUUGGAUAUGGUGCGUGCACCUCUUACGCCGCAGCUCACAGCUUCGGUGGCGUGAAGCUUUAUCAUGGAUAACAGAGCAUUGAUGAUACUGAUCACGGAUUGUAGAAGAAAGAGCUGGGUCCGUAAACACGCGGGGGCAGUAACACCUGUGUUGCUGAGUGGUGCUCAGUUUUAUAGCUGUACAUUCAUAGCAAUAAAACCCUUUUAGUAUUUAAUGGUUUCCCUGAAAAUAGCUGUAUUACUGUGAAUCUAAAAGCCUAAUCUUCCAGCCACAGGUUUCCAAUAGAAACAAUUGUUUUAAUGGCAUUAGAGGAAAUUGUGUUUUAUUAGGAGUAAAACUCUUGCACUGUCCGUAGUACCUGGUGCACUGUGGCGCUAUGUACAAACAUGGAAUCCCAGUGUCUGAGUCAACAUUGUUUAUCAUAACGUUCAUAAUCAUUCUUCACGCAUCAAUUUAAUGUUGCUUUUGGAUGGUUGCUUUUCUUGGUCAUUUUCAAAGUUCUUAAGACUAAGAAAAUAAUAAAGGAAGGAGUAUAAGCGGUAGAGUGUGCACUUCUUUAUUAUUUGGAUGGAUGGGUUAAACUUCCCUAUAGAGAACAACUGCAUCCAUGGAGUGCUUUCAUAUGUUAUUCAUAACGUUUGCCCAAGUAUCGGUGUCUGUGGACUGUGUGUAAGAAAGAGGAAAACGUCCCAGCUGCCGUCUGUGUGUACCGACCUCAGCUAAGAGCAGCUACAAUAGUGACAGGAGCUCCACCUCCUUAGGAAAGUGCAGACCACCUUAGGAAGGCUCAGGCCUCCCUGUGCUGUCAGGACGUCCAUGCUUAAGACCGUGGCAUGGAAACUCAUAUAAAACAUGGUUUUAGCUUUACUGAUUAUCUUUUUUUCCCCUACUGUUCAAUUAGCUGAACCGAGAGUGAAUGAAGCCAAUCUCUUGUGUUAAGAAAGGUUCUACUCAUGGUGCUUUGGGAAGAGCUAGCCAGGUACUGUUUGUUUAAUUUUCUUUUGUUUAGAAUCACACAGGUCAGAGCACAAAGAAAGGCAUCGCAUGUUGUUUUGUUUAUUGCUUUUUGAGCCUUAAAUAUAGUCACUAGAACUUUCUCCACCUGCAAAUAUGGGGAUGUCGUCGUGUUAUCUUAAUGUUUAGAAGGAAGAGGAGAGAAAACCAAUGUGCUGUGAGAAUGACCUGCUGUUACGGCGUUGGAUCAACAGUGUGGCCUUGGGCUGUGAAAUCUGCACGUGUGUACUGGUCCUCCCCAGUCAGAGUGACACAAGCGUGCAUUGUCCACGUCUCCCACUACUAAUCAUUAUUGGAAUAAAACCCGGAACUCCUGGAAAUGAUAAACAUUUUACUUUGUCUUUGAAAAUGUCCGUAAGUUUCUUACAGAGUACUCACUUCUAUUUUCAAGCACGUCCUACCAGCAUUCAGAAACACCUCUACGUUCAUUUGUAGCAGUACAUUUCUCCCUUCUGAACCCUUCCCAGGCUUCCCUAGCGUUGAGGGAGGAGAGCAGCUUGUAAAUCUGAGCCAAGAGAAAGUUCUGAGUGUAAAACCUAUCCAAGAUAAUAAGGUCACAGACACAUCUUUGUAGCCUAAUUUCUUAAAGGUCCUUGCAGCCGCCUUUCUCCUUCCGUGGGCUAUUGGCACACUCCAUUUACAACACUGCAUAAGCUAUAACUUCCUGCGUAUGCUUUCUUGAGUUUUCCUUCUGCAAAGACAAGACUCUCCCAGAAUGAUGGCACAGAUGUGAAUUUCACGUCUGUGGUUGCUGCAUUAAGAUAUGUUAGCUUAUUCUAGUGUGGCCGUACACUGGAGAAAACUUGUGGCUAGAAUGAAAAACAGUGACACAGGCCAUUGUGGCAGACUUUGAUUUUGCUUUCUCUGUUGCUUGGAGUUAAGAUUGACUCAGUGAUGUAAUGUGUGGAGUCACACUGAGUGUUUGCUGUGCUGCAGAAAACUAAUGGAAACAUUCACUUGGGGAAAGACAAAUGGUGUUAAAUGAGAAAACACACCAUGAAUUGCAAAUGGAGCUGAGUUAAUUUGUUGCUACAGUAGUGUUGCCCUACUGUUAAAUGAAGGCUGUGUAAUUAUCUUGCUGGCAGAGAUAAUGUCAAAACCUCAUUUCUCCUUACAUGCCUCGUUUUUACAUGAGGGCUAAUUGAGCUGCAAGGUGGCAGCCGAUUAGAUGUGGCCAUCAUCCGGGCCUUUUGCUCAGUUUGCAAAGAAUGCUGCUCCCUUUUAAAGUGAGGACUUUGAUCAGACAUAAGGAAGAUAUUAAAGAAACUUCUAAAAAUCCUGCGUAAUUCACAGGACCUCUUCUGUUGGUAAAUUAUCUUGGAUAAACGGUCCUUCUUCCACAAACCUUCUCCAGUCUUCUGACAUCUGUAUACCAUACAGGUAAAGAAACACACUUUUGUAAGAAAAUUAUAUUGUUGUCCAGUCAAAAGUUACUUGUCUUUUGCUUUUUAGUGUCUGAAAGAUUACAACUUUUCAGAGGUUGGAAAUAAAAUGUCUUCAGUUGAAGUAGUGUGGAAAUAACACUCUAUUGAUGUUAGUCCUGUUGACAUUUAGCUGCCGGGGCUAAGACUACUGCCGAUCUUCCCUUCCUCACAGCAGUGUCUUGUAGAGUUCGGUGUCUGUCUCUAGUACCCUCUCAUUAACUUUGGUGCCUUCUGGGAGAAGGGAGACAGCAAACUUUUCUACUAAAUGUCCCAAGAGGUGAGUGCUGAGAAGUGGGGCUAUUCUGUGGUUUCUGGUGUUCUGAAGAGAAGCCGGACACAGCUCCCUCCAAGGGGAGGGCGCAGAGUGUCCGCAUGCCUGCAAGGAAAUGAGCAUUCUGUUGGCCAAGCUCUUGGCUGAAUGUAGUUCUACAGAGGCUCCAACACUAGAUUUCUAACAGGCUUAGCAGGAAGGCUUCCUUCCUGUGGAGGUCUGAGUUGGAAGGACAGCGACCAGAGAGAGAGGUUCUGUGGCGUGUGACACAGGUUAGCCUGCAGUACAAAUGCUGUGGCUAGGUAGUUCUCCCAAGGCAGGAACCCCCACUGCAGGAGCAACAAAAGGCCACCUCAGUAAAGGAAGCACAGCACCGUGUUCUAUGUACUGUUCCUGGUUUUGAUUGUUUUGCAGACUAAGGAUGGGACCAAGGGCUUUGUACUUCCCAGCACAUGGCCUGUCACAGAGCUUCAUGUCUCAGCCUCAGCCCCUUUACACUUUUGUAAAUUUCCUCGUGGGCUGGAAUAGCAGCGGAGAUGCCUGGCCUUUCCUGAGCGUUUCCUCAGUAACAAGUGCAUUGGUGCCCUUUGCGACGAGGGUCUGGGCUGCCAGGCUUCUCUUGCCAACCAGAGGAGCGUCAAGUGCAGAGGGCUCAGAACAUACAUCCUCAGGAUUGCUCUGCUAAGCAGCGACACUGGUCAUGGUGUGUGUGCAUCAGAUGUCUCCAUCUCACUGUGUUGAUGGGCAAAGCAGAGCAGCCUGACUCCCUUAGCUGAGUAGUAAGGCACAGCCGCGCUUGCUGUGGGUGUCUCAGUUCCCUCAAGUUGGCUCUGUGCUCCCUUAUUUUCAUUCCUACCCUUAACAGCAGGGUCAUUCCCUUUGUCCCAGACAGAAGUGCUCCAGCUGUGCUCCAUGAAGACUUUGUCUCCUUGAGGUGCCUCAGGCCCAGCAGAAUGUGCCAGAGACUGGUUAAGUGAGCCAGCAUCCAGCCUGGCACAGCCAUUCAUGCACUUAUGUUCUGAGCAGGAUGUGUGUAAGAAGACUUCAGAGGUUGCAAGCUCCUGGGCUGUGCCCGUGAGUUGCUGUUUCCAGCUCAGUGUGAAUGUGCUUAUGCACUUAGGGUGCUCUUUCUACUGUGGCUGCAGGAUAGGCUGAGCUCCUUCAGGACUGUCUUCUACUAGGCUGUGCCCCUUCAGGACUGUCUUCUACUAGGCUGUGCCCCUUCAGGACUGUCUUCUACUAGGCUGUGCCCCUUCAGGACUGUCUUCUAGUCUGUGCCCCUUCAGGACUGUCUUCUACUAGGCUGUGCCCCUUCAGGACUGUCUUCUAGGCAGUGCAUCUCCUUCCCAAGCUCUGGACACUCGUUCGGUCAGUUGGACUUGCUAGAGUUAAGCCAGAUUCCUGGAGCACAAAGGCAGCUACACAUUGCCUGUACCCAGGAGCUUCAUAUAAAGAACAGAUUUUUGUCUACUUGUGUUAGACACCAAUGUAACUGAUUAAAGAAAUAUCAAAAUUCUAACAUACUUGUUAAAUAAGCUUGAACUAGAAUCAUUCCCAGAGGAGCGUUUCCCGUGCUUCAGAGCACGGCACUGCCCAGUAGGGAGUGUGGUUCGAUUGCAGAAGGAAGACCACCAUGAGCCUCUCCAUCCCUGCCCAGUAGUGUCUGAGCUUCAUGCUCUCCCUUGCACCUCCUGCCCCUCUUACAGGAUGAGGAUAAAGGACAGUUCAUUCGAUGCUUUAAUUCCCAGAGCUUCAUUUUAUCACAUUUCCUGUCUUGUUCAAGGGAAGGUUAGACUUACUAAGCUUUCUUUCCUCUGUGUUGUGAAAAUGUCCUUACCAUAGGCAAUGCCAGUUUUAAAGAUCUUAAAAAUAGAGCUGUCUUAGCAAAAAGUGAAAGUGAAAAUGUUUACUGAUAAAUACUCGAGGAAAAUCAUACUCAGGGUGAUUAGUGGUUCUUACCCCUAGAAAUUUCUCCAGCACAGGACACAGAUAGUCAUUGCUAGCUGUUCUGGCUGAGCAUGCCGGGGUGCCCACACCAUGUUCCUGUAGGAGACAGUUCUCUGCCUCAGACGUCAGCACUGCGGGGCUCUAACAAAGGACAUUGAAAACUGGGUGAAAAGAGAGGAGGAGGAAGGCAAGAAAACAUUGCAGCUCACUCAGGUCUGAUGAGGACAGAUGACUCAGGGUAGAGCUCUUUAGGACUUUAAUCUCUCAAACUCUGCUCUCAUGUUGUCAGUCCUGAGCAAGCACAGUCUGGUUUCCCCACAGCUGCACUGAAGCUGAUGGUCCUUCCUCCCCUCCCCUCCCCUCCCCCUUCCCCUCCUCUCCCUCCCCCUCCCCCCUUCCCCCUCCCUCUCCCCCUCCCCCUCCUCCUCCCUCUCUUCUCCUCUUCUUUCUCCACCUCCUCCACCUCCUCCCCCUCCCUCCCUCCCUCCCUCUCUCUCUCUCUCUCUCUCUCUCUCUCUCUCUCUCUCUCUCUCUCUCUCUCUCUUCAGCCUGAGGUCCCUUGAGAUUAUGCUGUUCCGUGCUUUUACCCAACCACCUGUCAAUCCUUCUGCCCUGGCAGCCCCUUGGCCAGCAUAUAUGUUUGUCAGACUAUGAUGUAGGCAAUGAGAGUUGUUUAUUGAGUAAAUAAAUUCAUACAAAGUGGAUAAUAGAAUAACUCUCCCAGCACUUGAGAAGCAGAGACAGAUGUAUGUCUGUGAGUUCUCUGCCACCUUCCUACAAAGUAAUUUCAGGGCCAACCAUAGCUACAUAGUGAGAACCUGUCUUUAAAAACAAACACAAUGGAAGAUGAUAGGCUGGAUGAACUUGUAAGGCCCUGACUUGUACAUGGCCAGUUUGAUGUGUGGGAUACUUGAUUAUGGUGUUGACUAAUUUGAUAUUUAUUCCAUUGCCUCUUGAUGUGAUUGUAAAAUUCCUGUGACUUCAGUGAAGAUAUUCUUUAGUCCACACUAUAUGAUAAGUAAGGUGCUAAUGAGUAUAUUGUCUUUAAUAUACAUCCUCCAAGACAGCCGUUAGCAUUAACUGAACACAUGAGGUAAUGAGAAAGAUAAUGAUUUGUUCAAUGUUGAGCAACCAGUCUUUCAUGAAUUGCCUUUUUACCAUUUUCUGUAUGGGCAUGUGACACAAAUCUUAUUCUUCUUCAAUAAUAUAAAACAUUACAAAUAAUUAGUGUCGUGUUAAAUGUGAAUUGAUGAGAUAACAUGAAAAUGCUUUAGGGAGUCAGUGGUUAGAAAAACAAACAACUUGCAAACUUUAAGAUGUAGAUUACAAUUCAGAAACAUUAGGACCUUCAGCGUAUUAACUUAUUAAGUAAUAAUAUAGCUUAUUUCUCCUUAUUUUAUGGUAUAUGAUAUGGAAUAUCAUACAGUGAAAUUUUUAGGAUUUCAAAAUAUAUUAAAAGGUUUUUCAAUUGAUGACCUGGCUCAGGCAUAGAAAGAUAAACAAAAAGCGUAAGCUCCAGAUCAGAGCACUCGGAUAGUGCGUCUGACAUACGAGAAGGUGGUAUUACUCAGGUAGUAAAGGAUGUGCUUUUUAAUGAAAGGUGAAGGAGCAAUCAGUUAUCCACAUGAGGGGAGUAACAUCGCUGUCCCUGCUGCAGAGCGCACGGAAGAGCUGACGCCAAGUGUAUGAACACAUUAACAGAAAGACAAAGCUGCAGCAGUGGAGAGCGGACAUUUUAGGUAACUACAAAUGCAGACAGCAUUCUUAGACAAGACGGAAAGACAUUUAAACAUGAAGGAAGAGCUUGGUGGAUUGAACCACAUUAGGAUUACUGUGCAUAGUGAAGGAAGGAACACAUACAUGCACACUAAGCCUGUCUGGGAGAAACAUAAGAGUAAACACCGUUUAGGUAGAUGUAAGGACAAUAUCAGACGUUUCACAAAUGAGACAGUAUGGUGGCCUAAUCAUGUGAAAUAUGUUUGUCUUGGUUGGAAAUGGGGAACCGAAGUUGAAAUCACAGUGAAACACCCAUGUCUUGCCCACCAGAUUGCCAAAACCUAAAGUAGAAGGAAUACAUUGUUACCCAGAGAGAAGCAGCAGAAUCUGGAAGUGUCUAAUGUGUCCGUUGCAGAAUCAGUCACACAGCCACUGAGCACAGACCUCAUGCAUGCACCAUGGCCCACAGGAACAUUCCUGAAGCAACUUGUGUUAGGAAAUUUGUACAGAAAGAUCUAACCACAUAAUGUCAGAUGCCACAUAAGUGAAUUAGCAGGAGAAUUCAUUCAUUGAAAUGCUGUAAAAUGUAAGGGGGGAAAAGCCAAAACAAAAGCGAACAAAACCCUGCAGUCUCACGCAUCACCUUGAUGAAUCUCAAGCUGUAAUAUUGGAAGGAGAAAAGACGUAGAGUAACACGUGCAGUAUAAUUCCAGUUGUUCACACUUAAAGAUCGGCACAUUUUUAAUUCGGUUAAUCAACAAUGUUUUUUUUAUGUACAACUGUGCUAAAAAAAUAAAAAGCAAACAGAGAAUGAAUAAACUAUGAUUCAUGGCAGUAGCUGGCCUCAGAAAGGAAGGAGAAAGUUAUACAUUUCACAGGGAAUGGAGACAGGCUCUGGGUGCAUAAAUUCUAGACAUUGGCUCAGCCUUCUAGUUCUUAAACUGAGGUUUUUCCAUACAGCCUCAAACAUGUAAACUUCUCAGUCAAAAAAUUCAAAACAGUACUCUGGGAUUUUGAUACAUAUUUGGAAAUGUAAGCUUGCUUGGAAAAAAAAAAAGAAGGUGUAAAUCAACUCAUUCAAUAACCCUAGAAUCUAGUCAGCAUUCCCACAGUCACAAGAUUUUUAAGAUGCCUGUUUGUACACCCCUGUGUCUUGGUCAGAAGGAAGGAUUUGAAUUGCUGUGCUUUAGACCGAACUCUACUACUUACCUCAUGUGACUAAAUCUCUCCCCUCUCUGAGCCCCUGUUCCCUCUCCAUUGAGUAGACGUACAUUAACUUUAUAAAUACCUCACCGACUUAGGAGCCUCACAUGAGAAAGAAGUUGGGGAGCUCCUGUGUGGCACAGGGUCCUAGCUACAGAUACGUAGGCAGCGAGACCUGCAGCACCGCUCUCUGUUGCUGAAGUCCCGUGUCAACUUUUGUUUGCUAGAGCCGAUCUGAAAACUGUAGGUGAUUUUCAAAUCUGUCGUCCUAUUAGUCUGCUAGGUCUGCUAGGUCUGCUCUCCCGUGCCUGACGGCCGUUACUGUGGCCAGGAGGGUGAGUGAGAGGAGCCAGCAUUACAGCCACCUCCCUGCCACUUUCCAUGGUGACACCUGAGUCGCUGGGCGGAGGCUUUACCUGAUUCCAGUUACGUGGUGUCCUGUGGAUAGAAGCUUGUGGGCCUUUGUUUUCCUUUCUUCCCUCUUUUUACUUCGUUAUUCCCCUGAAGUCAAUCAACGUGCCAUUAAAAUAGGGCCAGACAUCUAGGUGAAGUGGUUUCAAUGAAGUCUGGUGUUCCUAGGACAGCAGACUAUCCAUUGGAACUGAGUUUGCAGACUGGGCGGUGAGAUCACAUGGCCAGUGGGCGGGUGGCACACAGAGAAGCACUUGUUCGAGAAUUUGCAGGCGGAGACUUCCCACCUAGAACUUUGAUUGUGCUAUAGCCUUAUAAAAUGAAAUCGUUGAAUAUCAUUGUCUGGGGAAUAAGAUAACAUGCAGAUAAUCUUUCCAAAUAGUUGGGAUUUUAUAUUAAAUCAUGAUGCCGGCUUACCAUUUUCUGCAUUACUUGACACAUUGACUUUCCAAAGAACCUGUAACAAAAAAUACUAUCUCAGUAAAUCUUGGUGUUAGAAAUCCAUUAGCAGCAAGGGUGUAACAACUAGUAAUGGCAGAAUAUCAAGCAGGGAAAGAUUUGGUGCCGUAAAUCCUGAAGCCGUCUGCACACUGAGCACACUGGCACGUGACCGUGUGCUUUGAGGAGCGUGGAAAUCGUCUGUGCUCCUGCCGUCUGUAGCCUGGCUGCAAAACUCUGAGUGGGCAGUUCAGGCGAGAGCCCUGACGGCCUCUGCGGCUCUUCUGCAGUCCAAUGAGAUAAAGCCAGCAACGUGGAACAAAGGCAAAUGUUCAUCACUGUAUUUAUCAUAGUAAUAUCCAAAUCCAAAAUGAACAGGGCUUUCCUUAUAUCAAAGGAAAAUCAAAUCUUCACAUCUGAUUUUAGCUGGCUCGUAUUAUCAAAGCAUACAUAGUCUUUACUGUAUUAGAACUUACCUAGUUUAUAGUUCACCUCCUUUGAAAACAUUUGACAGUCUGGUUUAAGUUCUGCAGCUUAGAGUAGGACUUUCUCAAGACUCAGUGCUUAGUGCCUUUAGCUCUUUCCGUAGGAACUGUGACCUUCACCUUGCGGUGGAUUCUGGAAACUUCACUGCCUGUUCUCUGUCACUGUAAUCGUGCAGUGUUUGCUUUAGUUCAGGCUGUCCCAGACCGGAAAGUAGCCUUCAUAUGAACCUGAAGGCCAGAGACGAGAGUGCAAAGUAGGCUUUACCUCCCUAUCCCAGAAGCUGUGCCCUAGCUGGUGACCUCGUCAUUUCCUGAGGCAGGUGGACAUGGCAAUUAUAGCUUCGGCCACUAUCUUGAACUUUCUGUAGUAGGUGAUGAAUUGCAAAUGGCUAGACCCUGUGCACAACAAUAAACUCAAAUAAAUCUUCAGUGUGUACUAAUGACAAGACAGGAAGACUGGCAGCUAUAACAAGGCCCCCAUCGUCACCUACGUUACUGUAGCCUUGAUAUCCAUCAUUAUCCACUGAAGCUAGCUCACGAGCCGGACAAGGAGGUCCGAAGAAGGAUGAGUUGUUUUCGCUGAAGCGUCCAGUCGGUCCCAUCUGGACGAGAGUAAAUGGGAUUUUUUUGUGUGUGUGUGCCUGUUCACUAGGCCCGAAUUGUCCAUCAUUUUAGGCGGGUAUCUGAUCACUUCACGCUGGGGACAGUAUGGCUUUAUACUGACUGGUGAGUUCGCUCUUCUCACCUCGGCAUUGCAUUCUUACUGCUCGGAAGGCUUUGGCUACUUUUAAGCUAUGUGCAAACGCCAUUCUGUUUAUGAAACUGAGCUAAUGGUAUUUCCCACUAAUGACAAGCAAUUUCUCAGAGGAGAACAUGAUUCUAAUCCAGUAUGAAUCACUGCUGAAAUCUGUGUUCUGGAUCAUUUGCAUUUCCUUUGUCAAAUAUGAAUAUUAUUUAUUGUUUCUUCAGUGAAAUGCAAAUUACCAUUUUUAAUUUUCAGAAUAAUAAGGGAGACAGCACAUGAAUUAUGGUGGAACACUAAGUUCAGUUUUAAACUUUACCAAAUGUCCCUAAGUACCAUGUGAUUGUUGGUACAUGUAGUGUAUAUAUUUCUCUUGCCUAAGGCAUUCUGACAAAAAUUGAAAACAGAAUUCUAUAAUUUAAAAUAAAGCUGUAUUACCCUGAUCCUUCAGCAUUUUAUCUGUGAUAAGAAUGAUCAAUAUAUGAUCCUCGGAUUUAUUGGUCUUAGGAUCAUAGCAAUUUAAAAAAAUAGCCUGUAGUCUCUGGAGUAUUCACUUAAAGAAGCCAUCUAAUUAUCCACUGGUUUGCGCGAUUAUUACUCUAGAGUGCGCGUUUGCAGGCUUAGUAACUCAUAAAUAAUUGCGCUUGCUAACUGUCAACCAAAGCCCUCUUUAUUGAGCUUACGAGGUGUCUUCCUGGGGUGUUUUUAUUGCCCGUUUCUGUUUUCUUACCCGUAAGACAGUUAUAUAGGCAUUUCUUAACAUCUCUAGAUUCAAUGUUUGUCUUUUAAGAAAAAUGAACUUGUUUAUUGAUAGUAGAACCCUUUGGGCACUUGCUGCUGACGUAUAAAGUUGCUGUUAUCAUCAUUAAAUAUAUUUUUUAGAUAGAGCGAUCAUUACAUAAUUCAGACUCAGCCCCGAGAUAAUGAAAGGGGGAGGCUCCCUGGUCUCUGUUUCCUGGGAGUGCAGGUUCUCUGGAGUUCAGGCCGACUGACACACCAUCCUUCAUUUUGUCUCCCUCAUAAUAAAUCUCUAGGCCUUGAGGCACCAGACGCACGCAUGCGGAGUUUUUGGCAUUUUAGUGUGUAGAAGAAAUAACACCUUGCAGUUCUGAUGCCAGAGCAUGUUGUGGUUCAUGUCUGAAGAGCCGGCCUCACCCAGGAGUGAGCACGUGAAAAUACAUGUCAAGAGCACUGCUUGCUCCUAUUGAUACUGAAGCAGUUUGUUUUUACAAAUUCAGGUUUACAAAACAGGUUCAGCCUAUUUUUGGAACCCUUGGUGGCCUGACCAUUCUUUGCAGCGUAGUUUAUGGUGGCACUGUAGCAGAUGGACUUUCCAUCACUGUCCAGCCCCAAUUCUCAGCUCAGCCCAGGCUCUUCUCUCUCUGCCCCCACAACCCCUGUGGCUCCAGCCACCACCUCCACUGACUGUGGAGCAGGUCCACCAGCCUGGAGUUUGCAUCAGGCCAUACAGACUUUCAACUAGAAGAGUUACUGAGGAACUACGGUGGGAACGCAGCUUGAAUAGCACAAUGCAUGUGCAUGGCUGUGUCACAGGAACCCAGUGAAGAAGCUAGUGUCCUGUGUGCACCUGACGGUGGCAGGGGUAAGGUUUGCAUCUCCUGCACAGCAGAUUGGCUUGGUGGGGAUUCCCCUGAGCUUCAACCUUGAGGCAGGUUCUGGUCAAAGGAGAUGUUACUGGGAUUUCUUUUGAUCUUUAAUGAUGACUGGUAUUUUCUGAAGCAUCUGAGAUAGAUUUUUAGAAAUUAAUUAAGUGACUCCUGGGUGAUAGCGUAUGGCCCUAGAUGCUUUGUUUUGCGAGCAUGGUAUUCAAAUAGCUGUUUGACAAAGAACCAACCCUCCAAACCCCAGUCCCCCAUUGUAAAGGGGCGGGCGUGUGCGUGUACUUGUGUUUCUGUCAGUUUUGGACCAUUUGAUGAAAGGGGUGUUUUGUUAGUAUUUGCAGGGUUGGACUUAAAGACUAGAGAGAGGUCUGGAUGCUUUGUAGUUCUUAGCCUAGGUAGCCUAACUUACUACCUUUGGAAAGACUCUCCUGAGAUGAUGUUAAGAGAAACAGCAGAGUGCCUCCCCCAACCCCAGGCUAGACACCCUUGGGUGUGGGUUAGGGAGCUGGGAUUUACAUUCUAACAAGGUUCCAAGUGCUGCUGUCCAUCCCUGACACUGAAAAUGAGAGGAGGUCCUCAGGGGAGUGAGAGAAGGGCCUCAGGGGAAUGAGAGGAGGGCCUCAGGGGAGUGAGAGGAGGACCUCAGGGGAGACCCUGCUGUAGGUAGCACAGCCACAGGGACUGACCUCAGGCCUGCUCAGUCCAGGAUUUUCCUGCAGUUGCCCUCCUGGUUGGCUGCAUGCUUCUUUCUUUCUUUGAAGAUUUCUGAAAAUGGAUUAUGUCCUUAAUAGCCUAAUUUCUAGAAUGAUUUUGAUUUAAAAUUGUGAAUCUUUAUAUAGGUGUAUAAUCUGUGUUAUUUGUGCAAGCAGAAAUUUUCUGUAAAGUGUAUCAUUUGUGAUGUAGUUAUACAUACUAAUAAUGCAAUUACAUAUCUUAAUUAUAAUCACAAAAAUACAUACAAUAUCAUUUUCGCUCUUAUUGAACACGUGCAAUAAGAUAAAGGAGGCAAUAAUUUUGACUUGGUAGUGAAAAUUAAAAAUUACUUCAAAAAUUAUUUCAAAUAUGCAGCUCUUCUUCAUGUUUCAGAACAAAUUUACUGUGUGUUCACAUUACUGGAACAACUAUUAAGUGUUUUUCUUUAGUUUCAUUUACACAUUCUUGCAAAGUAAUUGUGUAAACCCUUUAAAGAUUACAUGCAGAUCAGUAUUCACCGAAAGCCCCAGUUGAUGGGCCCUAACAGUACCCGGUUUUAUGUUUGUAGUCAGUGUCUUCCCUAAGCCUUAAGUGUCUGUAAUAUCCUUGUGCAUCCUCAUGUGGGUCUGUAAAGGAAGAGAUUAGCCACUGAGGCCCAGAGCUCUGUCACAGAUUAUGAGCCAAGGAUGCUUGAUCUUCCACCAUAGAACUGCCAGUGUGUACCAUUCCAGUACGUCAUGUGAUGUUUAGAGGGAUGAAAUUCUUACAGAAGUGCCGUUUAGGGAACAAGAAACAAAAACUAAGGAUGACUGGUGUGGACUUCUGCUGCAGGGCUCUUCUGUUAAAGAACUGAUCAGAGGAAAUGGGGUUUGAGGUUUGUAUGUGAUUUAAUGCAGUCGGCCUCAGUCUAAUGCAUUGAUUUUGCAGGUAGAUUUUAAAUCUAGAUGCAGUGUGUGGGGACCUUUAAACUUUUCUCUUUUGUUUCUCAGUCCUAAACUUUCCCUACACUGGGGCAACCUCAGUUCCUUUUGCUGGUCGUGAAGUCAUUCUGCCCUGGUGGAUUUUAUGGUUGGGGUUGCUGCUUUUGUGUUGCUAUGAGUGAUUAAACCCAGGGCCUCACCCAUGCAUGCUAGGCCAGCCUUUUCCCAGCCCACAGGGUUGGGGAGCUGAAUGAAUAAUGAGAUUAGUUCAUGAAUGAGAAAGGAUGCUAGACACUAAAUAUCUCUCUAGAUGCUUUUCUGUGGGCUGGGACUCAGGUGGUUAGAACUUUUCAUCUGUAUCUUAGGUUCAGGGAUUGAGAAGGACAAAGCUAUGAGUUCAACAUUUUUCCUAAAUAUUCAUCUUUCCAUACACAGAUAUUGGAUUUUUCUUUUAAAAAUUACGUAAAAGCAGUGCUUACCAUUUUAAUUGUUCAAAUGUUAGAUAUUAAUUAAACAAUCCUAACAUGUGUUCUGGCAUAUGAAUGUGUUAAUAUGCUAGGGAAAUCUUGAUUUAUCUCAUCGGUUACUGUUCCCCACUAGUAGCUAUUAAUUAAAUUAAUCUAAGUAUGGUGCUAGCCCAUAGUAGGUGUUUAGAACAGUGAUAGUGUAACUGUACCAAACAUUGUGAUCAUGGCCUUAGAUCAGAGCUAAGGGGCCUAGCAGAAAGCUCAACAUUUGGGAAAGAAGCCUUUUGCUACUGUGAGAGGAGUUUGUGUAGGAGGGAGCUGUUGUGCAGCUCCUACAAACAGAGCCAUAGCACCUGGCUGUUGUUAACCAGGUGGUAACUCUUGUGGUGAUUUUGUUUGUUUUCUAAGAGAAGGAGCACCUCCGUCAAACUAAGAUGUCUUCCAAUCUGGGCAAAACGUCUCAGACUGGUAUUAGAUGUAAAUGGCUGAGUCCCUCAGUAAUCUUUGUAAAUAUUCAGACUCUCCUUGUAACCAUUGAUGGCUCUGAUUUUGUAUAGACUGAGCAAAGCAGGUGCCUUAGUGUUUAUAGCACAUGCAAUCAUUCCGUUCUUUGAGAUGUAAAAACAACUAGUGAGAGACUUUUCCUCUCACAGGUGAGAGCACCAAGCUCUAGCAUGCAUUCAUACCCAACACAGCUCCCAUUGUCUAGCCCACAGCCUGGGGAAAGUUACUGAAUGGAGGGUUGGAAUUAGAAAACUGCAAGCGUCUGCUUAACACUGUCCACACUUUCAGCGUAUGCUUGCUGUGUAACAGUCCUGUGAACCAUGUCUCCUUCCUUGGUGCUUUACGUUAUAAACUAUUUACUUGAUGUCAUUCUGGUUGUCUGUGUACAGGAGUCAUGAAGAAAACCCCACUUUGGCACUAUGCUCCCUUGUCUUGUUCUUGUAACUGAAAUGGUUUAGCGCCCUCUCAGAGACCUUGCUCAGUAGAGAGGCCGACAGCUGCUGCAUCAGACAAAGCCUGAAGGUGUUCAUUGAAGGGCUACCAUAUUCUUCCUCUCUUCUUCUCGUGGGCAGAAAUAGCUGCACUGGGAUGUGCUUUGGACUAGCAUGGCCUGCAGUGGAGAGGCCAGGCCUUGCUCUUGAAGCUAGUUGCCUGGCCAGAGACUCACAAAUGCACAUGCUCUGUCUGUCCACUGCUGGAGCUCUUGCUAGAAGGGGAGAGCCCCUCAAUAUGCUCUAGGUCCACAGUUAUCCCACCUUGCUAGGUCAUCUCAGCCAAAUUUAGUAUGUUUCUUUUAAAACAAAUAUAAGUAGCACCUUCAAGAAAAAGUAGAUUCAAUUAAGAUUGGCAUCAAAAACUCCAAUAUGUGUUGUUUUUGAUCAUCUGUGCCUCAGCCACAUUUAAUAACCCCCAGAUGCCUAACUGGGAUGAGGGAGAGUGUACGGAGGACACUGGCUCCUCACCAGUGUCUUGGUGGAGUUCUGUUCUCUUUUGGAACUGGUUUUCUCACAGCUAAUCUGAGCACGGAGUCCUUUUUCUCUGCCUUUGCCUGGUCAUCUUGUCUUGUGAUGGUUGCCACUUGGUUUCUUUGGAGGUCAGUCCAGUCUUCCAGAUGUUCACUUGCCAGCCUCUCUCACCUACGUGUCAAGUUCAGGAGAACUGGCUUGUUUCAAGGUUGAGGAAAAAUUCUUGAAGGAAGAAAGGCCUUUCCAGUAUCAUUAGCCAUUCUCUACUUGAGAAAAUGUUUUUUCUGGGGAUGGUACACAGUAGAAGAUCCUAACUACGAGGUUUCUUCUCAGAGUUGACCCUCAGGAGAGCACACCCAGCCACUGGCUUUGCGUUGCUUUUGUAGGAGCUCACGUGCGCUCCAGGGCUGUGGUAAAGCAAUGGUUUGCGCUAUUCAGGACUUGGCACCUUUCUUCUGUUUUUAUAUUCACCUUUUAUGUGCAAAACUUCUCCCAUCUUGUUGGCUGCUUUGUUUCAAAGCUUUGGCUUACCUUGUAAAUGUUCUGAGAGCAACACGGAGACCAUGAAGCCUAUAGUGGAUUCCUCCUGCCAUCUCUGGCCCCAUACUGGUCACUGGCUAGGCCCUUGCUCUCUAGAAAUUGACAAACCUGUGCCUUGUUUUCAGCCUCCAUACCUGUGUCACCUCUCAGCCCAGGUCCUCCUGGAGAGCCUGGAUUCUGUCAUUGUUGGUACAAAGUCUGAGAGGAGACUUUUACCCAGGGUUCUUGUUUUGGAUUUUUGCUUGCCUCUGUAGCUCUCUCAACACUCCAUUGGCAGUGUGUAGGUUUUAUUCUCCUGUCUCACUUAGUGAUUGCUCUGCUGUUCUCCAAGUUUCCGAGGUGAAAAUAGGCAGGAACAUCCACUGUUUUGCACUUCAGGAUAACAGCCUGGAACACACUGAGCCUGUGUAGCUGCUCUCUUCCUUCUCCUAGGAAGCCUGCAGGCUGACCACUGUCCUAACCACACUCUCCGUCUGUGGGGUUGCACACUUGGUCAGUUCUGUAGACCCAGAUUGACCAGAUCCUUCCUAUCCACAUCCUUGGACUAAGCACCGUGUCUGUGAUGGAGUGGAGUACUAGGAAUAGCAGGAGUCAGUCAGACGUGGAUGCAGCACCUCAGCUCUCAAGCCUUAAAGAUGGGAAAGAGAUUUCAUGUGCCCAGACCCAGGCCCAGUUAGUAAGAGGAAGAAGAGUUACGAUUGCCCGGCCACAAUCUGUUCACACCAGAUUUCCUACCUUGUAUGUUACCGUACACUCUUGACUGCUCGUCAUCAGCUUCUGUAGCCCACAUGCUCCACUAACAAACUUUUACCCAAAAGAAGGUUCUUUCAUUAUUUUAAACAUUCUUUUUCUUUCUUUUUUCUUUUUUUUUUUUUUUGUGGAGGUUAUAAAUGCAUAAUUUCCCCCCUUCUGUCUCAUCCCUAGAAACUCUCCAGCAUACCUGUCCUCCUUGUUCACUCUUAAAGUCAUGGCACAUUUUGUCAUUUGUUCUUGUUUUACACACGUGUGUAACAUGCACGCGCACAAACACACACACACACAUACACACACACACAUAUACACACAGUACAUGAAUACAGCCUGUUUAGUGUAUAAUGCUACUUGUACGUAUAUAUUUGGCAGGCUGAUGACUUAAUUGGACCACAAACAAGGAGAGUAUUGGUGGGUAUAGAAGUCAUAUGUACCGUAUCAGUGAGCUGAAGUGUACAGAGAGGGCGCUGCAUUUUACUCCCAUUAAGUUUAUAGGUUCUCGUGUGGCCUUUCCUGUGUCCUUUACCUGUGGCCUUUCCUGUGUCCUUUCCUGUGUCUUUACCUGUGGCCUUUACCUGUGUCUUCUCCUGUGUCCUUACCUUUAGCUUUGUGUUUCAAACUUUAGCUGAGACUACCAUGUGAUGUAGCACAUAUUAUCAGACCCUUUGUUUAUAGAUAGUAGAUGAUAAAUACAUCGAUCGGGGUUGGGGAUUUAGCUCAGUGGUAGAGCGCUUGCCUAGGAAGCUCAAGGCCCUGGGUUCGGUCCCCAGCUCCGAAAAAAAAAAGAACCAAAAGAUAAAUACAUCGAUCUGCAUGAACUAAAGAAUAAAAUUUCCUCUGUUUGUAUGUGUCAAUCAUUGCCAAUUGUCAGCACUUCUAAAGUUGAAAAACUAUGUCAGCUGAACUUUGUUUCUCCAUGUACACCAAGUUGCAGAAACUUGCUUUAAAAAAGAAAAAAGGAGAAAUGUUCUUUCCUAAAAAUGAAGGUCUUUUUGUAAUCACUUUGCUUUGAGAGACUCUACUUGUCAGACCCCUAGUGACUCACAAGACUGUACUUCUUAAAUGCUCUGACAGGACAUCUGCACACACUAAAUCUGCAACUGCAGGGGGAGAAACCUCCCAAACAUUGCUGAUUUGUCUUAGUGAGAACAGAGCUCUGAACUCAUGGACAUUUGAAUAGAGCAUUUGCUUAGAGCAUUGUCUUCCGAGGAAGGACCUUAAUAGAAAACCACAGGCUAGUGAGAACUAAAUCCGAUACUGACUGGCACACACAGCUUCCGUCCAGUUGGAAGGGUGUCACUGCUGACAUCCGAAGGACGGACACUGGGAGCUCUCAAGCACAGAUACACUUGUUUUCUCUCUCAGCUGAAUCACAGUCAUUCUUCAUGGAGGCCUUACUAUUGCAGCCAGGAACAUGGGUAGACUUGGAGUUUCUCUGAAGAGGUUAUGAAAGCCACACAUGUGAUGUGACACUUUGAAGAUUUAGAGUUUCUCUGAAGCGGUUAUGAAAGCCACACAUAUGAUGUGACACUUUGAAGAUUUAAAUUCCCUUUUCCUUCAGCUAUACCAUCCUAGGAAAAGUGUUCUUCAACUCUGUAGAUACCCAGUUCUUACCUUAUGGAAAUUUCUAGAAUACCAAUUUUAAUCAAAGAUAUACCUUGAAUGGUGAACUACUUUCUCACACAGUCUAUCCCAGAAUGGUUUGCUCUUACACGUGGAGCAGAGUCAGAGUGGAUCUUGCUAGAAGCAGGUUGUUUUGUGGACCCUGUAUGCUUUGUGUAGUGAACUCAACAACAGUCCUCACGUCCGGUGUUGCUAAAAGCAGAUGCUUUGAGACAUUCUUGAAAGGGCGGGAGGGAGGAAGCAAGGAGGCGAAGGAGAGACCACUCUUACCCCACUCAGUGUGACACCCUUCAGCAGUGCUCUGGUGCUGAUGCUGGUGCCCUGCUGCCCCCAGCUUGAUGGCACCCAGCAGCCACUGUGCCUGCCACUACCACUUCCUGUUCUCCGCUUCCCUCCCUCCUUCCCUCCUUUUCUGAGAGUUCAGUGGAGGGCAUUGUAGGUUGUGUGACUCAGUCGGAAGCUUCCUUCCUCUGCUGUAAGGUUCUUCAGGACAGGCAUUUCAUCCUAAAGUCGCUUACACUCCCGACUUUAAUGUAAAAACACCAAGAAAAACAAGCUCUGAAAACACUAAUUCUGAUGGAGAUUUUGAAAUAUCUUUGGUUAAAACUGAUAUGCUAAUUUUAUUUUCAGCAAUUUUUACCCAACAUAUAUGGUCCAAACCAAAUGAUUGUACUACAAAUACUGAGUGGUUCAAAGAAACAGUAGGCAGAUAUGUAUAUUCAUUAAGCUUUCUAGAAAUACGUAUAUAAAUAAAUUGUAAAGCAAUCAUGAGAUCAAGCCUUUGGGCUUUAUCUACUGCCAUUGUUCCCCAGGCCUUGAAGCCCUCACCAUGGCGGCACCAAUAAAGUGCUCCCUAAGUACAUAAAGGCUCUGAUCGUUAAGAUUUUUAUUGCCAACCACACAUACAGAGCUGCAAAUUGCCUUGUUUCAGAUUUAUUAUGUAUUACUCCAGAAAUUCUAUAAAGAUCAAAAGAACUGAUUACAAUGUUGACCUUUGCAUUAACUCAUCUGAAUUUAAAUUCUAGUGUUUGAUUUGGGAAAAUAAGUCCAUUUAUCAUAGGUCUGCCGCUGAGGGGCUUGGGCCGCGCUGAUUGGGAGUGCCGAGACCAAAUUUAUUUAUCGAGCGUGGGCUCGAAAAUUGUUUGUAGGACAAGAGGAACAAAAGUUUGACCUGCUGUUGUGUAGUACCAGGGGAACACUGUGAACAUUGCCCUUUUCAAACGCAAAAUACUUGCUCCAUUUCAGCCUUGUUGAUGGACUCUGCAGAUAUUCAAUUGAGCAGAUAUAUACUGUCCUAAUCAGAAAAGCAUCCCGAGGUGUAACGUUAACAGUCCUUCUCUUACCAAGAAAGCAACCACUUCUUCCAGGAAACCCUGUUCUUCGCUCCCCAUCCUGAAGUUAACUUAAUAUGUUAACCCGAACCAACACUUUUCCAUGUUUUUGCUUUUUGAUUUACUAAGAAACUACUAGUAGGCAGUGCCUUCCUGUGCAGAAUUAUGAAUUCAAUUAACUUUAAUCUCUUGAACUGUCUAGUUAUGGACAAAAGUUUGAAAUUUAAUCCCCGCAGUACCCCCACCCAUGGCAAAUCCUGUCCAUAUUAAUAUGGCUUUCCACUCUCCUCAGUACUCAUGGAGUGCUAGAGAGUAGACUGGUAAAGGAGUAGCGAUGGCAGUCAGCUCCACCAUGCACAGAUCCGAUCCAGAUCGUGCUCUCUGAUCACGUAAAGCAUCCAUAGCCAAUCAGUUAGGACUCAGCCCUGCUGACGUAAUAGUGAUGGAUAUAGUUGGCCCAGAGCAGCCUCAAGGACCCAUAGUAGGGGUGGAGGGAAAGCACAUUCUCCAUUAAGAUUUAUAUCCAUCCAGAUACUAGGGUUCAGCUCUCGCUUCCCUUGGGGUUAAGGAGUAUUUCCUGUUUGCUAAGAUUCAGUGAGCAGAAGGAACAAUUGCCAUCUACCAUUAACACUUAUGGAUAUCUGUCCCGCAUCUUAAAGUGGGGUACAGCAGAGCAUGUUAGUUUGCUCCCUCAGAGCCUGUUCAGUAUGACUGACAAUGUUUGUCCCUGUGGACUCCGUGUGGUGAGUCCACAUAUGUGGUGCAUGUGCAUGUGCUUGUGUGCCUGCAUGCAUAGGUCAGAGUCAUGUGCAUGUGUGUGUGCUUGUGUGCCUGCAUGCAUAGGUCAGAGUCAUGUGCAUGUGUGUGUGCUUGUGUGCCUGCAUGCAUAGGUCAGUGUCAUGUGCAUGUGUGUGUGCUUGUGUGCCUGCAUGCAUAGGUCAGAGUCAUGUUAUGUACUUGUGUGCCUGCAUGCAUAGGUCAGUGUCAUGUGCAUGUGUGUGUGCUUGUGUGCCUGCAUGCGUAGGUCAGAGUCAUGUGUGUGUGCUUGUGUGCCUGCAUGAAUAGGUCAGUGUCAUGUGCCUGUGUAUGUGCUUGUGUACCUGCAUGCAUAGGUCAGUGUCAUGUGCCUGUGUAUGUGCUUGUGUGCCUGCAUGCAUAGAUCAGUGUCAUGUGCCUGUGCCUGUGCCUGUGCCUGUGCCUGUGCCUGUGCCUGUGCCUGUGUGCCUGCAUGCAUAGAUCAGUGUCAUGUGCAUGUGCCUGUGUGCCUGCAUGCAUAGGUCAGUGUCAUGUGCCUGGGUAUAUGCCUGUGUGCCUGCAUGCAUAGGUCAGUGUCAUGUGCCUGUGUAUGUGCCUGUGUGCCUGCAUGCAUAGAUGAGUGUCAGGUGUCUCUCUUGUCUGCACCUGCUUUUUGUUUCUUUCUUUGUUGUUGUUGUUUGGGGUUUUGGGGGGGUUUUUUGGUUUAGUUUUGUUUUGUUUUUUUUUUUUGUUUUUUUUUGUUUUUUUUUUGAGAACUUGCUUCUCACUGUAGCUGGAGCUCACUCUUUGACUGCGGCUGCUCAGUGAGUUCCAGAUCCUCCUGUUUCUAACUCCCAGCACUGCAUUACAGGCGUGCAUCUCUAUGCACUGCAUUACAGGCGUGCAUAUCUAUGCCUGGCUUUUUAUGUGUGAAUGUUGGAGAUCUAUGAUCAGAUUUGAUGACCACACAUCAAGCCAUGUGUCAGUUGGGUCUUUUCCCCAUCCCCUUUUCAGACUAUUAAUGAUUCUACAACAUAGGACAGUUUUAUAGAGCUGAUAAAAUUAAAUCCUUCCACUAAAAUAAGCUCCAUACCACAUGGUAUCACUUUAGUAACAGCUAUCAUAGUGUGAGAAUUUGCAAAUCCUACAGGACACUGAUGGAGCUGCAGGUGGGUGCCACCAUGGGUGGGGACAACAUCUUCAGCUUGCUUGUCAUGAGCUCACACACUUAGUUCCAGUCUGGUUUUAGAACCACUACAGAGCAGGGGUGAGUUUAGCCUCUGCCUUCCAGGCAGCUUAAAUAAAUGUUCUUGUAGGACAUGUGAAUUUCAAAGAAAAAAUUUAAACAAAAGAAAGAGAAGCAAAAAGUGCAGACUUUUCCGAUUUUGAGAUCUACAUGAACUCAUCUGAGAUAAAACCCAUUUGUUUUGAGACAAUGAUACUGGUAAGACAGAAUGAUACAGGUAAGACAGGAUGAUACAGGUAAGACAGGAUGAUACAGGUAAGACAGGAUGAUACAGGUAAGACAGGAUGAUACAGGUAAGACAGGAUGAUACAGGUAAGACAGGAUGAUACAGGUCUUGUACUGCGUCAUUGCCGUGCAGUCUGGAAAGACUGAUCGUGGUCAAAGUCUGUAAAGAUCCAUGUUCACAGUUGAAAAGUAAAAGUCUGUGAGCCCGAGUAGUGCAGCCUACAUGUCAGUAACAUCUACUUAGAAAUCUGUAAAAGAAGCUGCUUAAUAUCUUUGAAAUUGACAAAAGCUGAUGAACUCUCGGAAGGAGGGACUCCGCAGCAUUGUCAAUAGGAAUUUCCCGGCACUGUCUGACUUACUGGAUUACUGGAGGACUUAGGUCAGAGCUGGAGCGCUUCGCCGGUUCCUGGUUAGCUUAACUAGCCAUUGCUGUGCUCCGCUGAACUAGAUUCUUUCGUUCCACUAUUCUUGUCAUAAAAGCUCGAUGCUUUUUACUGCAGAGGUGACUUUUUUCACUUGCUUUGGAGGAGCAGGGUUUACAAAGAGAAUGGCAAUCAGUGUGAGGAGGUAGCCUUGUGUGUGCUUUGUCUCUCUCAACUGCCUCGAGCUGACUGACUGCAGCUCAGCAGAUAGUUUGAAUGCCCCCUUGUCCAGACACUGUGUGAAACAAGGCAGGUAGAAGGAUUAAUUGAAGCGGGCCCCACGGCAGAGUAAGGUAGGCAUGGCCACAACCUGGUAUGGUGGAGCACUGGCAUGAUGGAGGGUUGAGGAGAGUGAGGGCAAAGGAAGAAGAAAAUGGAACCUUCUCAUUUCUAGUCUGUAUGAAAAUAAUUUUCAAACCCCAACACACAAUGUGGUGGUUUGGUAACAUAUUUUAGAGAAAAUCCUGGGUUCUUUAUUUUUUUAAUUUACAUUUAAAACUUGAGGUCUGAUGAUUUGAAGUGGCAUGUAGUUUUUACCCUGGAUUUUUAUGAACCAUAGUUAUUGAUUACGGAUUUAGUGUACUCAUAGUGGUUAUCACCUGGGCAAACCUUCCUAAUGAGUAGAAAGUCAGCAGUUAAUGUCAAAGUCAUACAGCGUUUACCCUAAUCACAACCAGGCUCCCAACAGGUCAGAGCAAAGAGUGGGAUGAUGCAAAUGGAGACUUCCCCAGGAAAGACAGCAGAAAUUCACCUUGUUUAGAGAGAUGGAAAGCCCGUCCGUAGCGGCUGUGAGCCCAGGAGGAAGCGAGAGAGGGCAGUGAGUGUGGAGGAAGCCCUGACAGCUCCAGCGCAGACGCUUGCAUCUUGGCUCUCCUCUGCCUCUUUAAGCCUCACAGAAAAGCUGUGUGGCUAGCAUUAGGCAGUGUUUGAGGGUGACUCUCACAGUGGGCUGCACGUCAUCCUGGGAAGGUCACAGUGGUACCACCCCAGGCUGUGUCAGGUGCCUACCUUUAGCCCCAGC